GCAAGUAAAUAUGAUUAUGUGUGUUGCUAUUUUCUGCUUUAUGUGAAUUGCCUUUAUUCAUUCAUUCUUUCUUAUUUAUUUAUUUAUUUAAUCAGUUGCUUUAUCUUGCCUAGGGCAACCCAAAACAACUUACAACCAAACAAACAUACAAUAAAUCUCACAUAGAUACAUUAAAACCAAGGGGAAAGAUAAAAGCAUUAAACACAUCCCAAUCACUUUUAAAAGCCACAGAUAGUUAAAAGCCAAAGGCCUAAUAUCUAAAGAUAUAUAAUGAUGGUGCCAGGCACGCCUCCCUGGGAACAGCAUUCCACAAAUGGGAAGUCACCACACAAAAGGACUGUUCUUGUGUUGCCACCCUGCACACCUCUUGUGGAGAAGGCACACAAAGAAGGGCCUCAGAUAAGGAGCACAGGGUCUGGGUCUGUUCACAUUGUGAGAGGUGGUCCUUGAGGUAUUUAGAACUACUGUCUUUUUAUGGAAAAGAGUUUUCCUUACCUUAAGUUACUAUAGGCAGGCAGAAAUCAGUACAUAAAGUCCUUCCUGGCAUGGAUAUAUGGAUGGAAAAAGAUACAUCUGUUGAUUUCUGCCUCUCAUGCAAUUCUUAACAGUAGCAACUCUACAAAUUAUAAGUGAGCCUCUGGUAAGCUAUAGUUUUCACUAAGCAAAUGUGUUAUUAUCUAUGUGCCUAAUGUUGACCUCAGCGAGAUUCUGAAUGCAUGCUGUACCAUCAUGUCUUUACUUCAACGUCUUUAUUUAGGGAGAGAUAUGAUUUAAUUUAGCUAUAAGUCUUGUGAUUAUAGAUGCGUAUGAAAAUAUAAAAUCAUGGCUUCUGUUAGAAAAUAAACUUCAGUUUGGAAGAAAAAAGAGGCCUCAGUCCCGAGCAGUCUUACAUGCCUUAAACUUUCAUGGAUAAAAGUGAAACUCUGCAUAACAUUCCUUCAUUAUGCUCUCUUGAGCUAGAUAGGGUUGCCAUAUUUUGAAGAGCAAAAAAGACGACACAUUUGCCGACUUAUACUUUUAACUAUGGAUCUCUAUGACUCUCAUCAUGAAAAAGAGAAUGUGUCCUGGAAAAAGAGGACAUAUGGCAACCCUAGCUAGAAACUAUUAUCAGUUCCAGUUCCUGGCCUCGGAGAGUAAUGAUGAUGAGGCAAAACAAGAAUUGGCCUUUUCUGCAGUGGCUCCCCAGUUGUGGAAUGCUCUCUCUUACAUUGCCUUUAGGCACCAGGCAAAAAUGUUCAGCUUCAACCAGGCCUUGGGCUGAUUGUCAUCCAAUGCCCUUUUGAAUGUGUUGUGGAAGAGGUGAUUAUUGGGUUGUUUCUGUUUUUGUUUUUAUUAUGUAUUUUGUGUUUUUUUUAUAUUGUAGUUUUGUGUUGGGAACUUCUCGGAGAUCUACAGCUAAAGGGUGGUAUCCAAAUGUAAUAAAUAAUAAUAAUGUAGAACAUGGGCAGGGAACAUUUUCCUUAUGUUACUAAAUAAUUGCACUCAGCUUCCAUACAUCUGGGAUUUAGGAGAAGAGGUAUCCAUGUUUUAUUUUAGAAAUGAAAUACUCCCAAACUUGCUACCUUUCGAUUGCAAUCUUCCUGUAACUUUAAUAUCUACAUGGCGUACAGAAAUUCAUUUGGUGUAGUGGCCCCCAUCCCUGCACCUCCAUGCUAGGAAAAAUGGCAUCUGCUGAACUUAUGCCCACAAUGUGGUUGUUGGAAGGCAUGGGGAUUCCACCUGAAGUACAGUGGUGCCUCGCAAGACGAAAUUAAUCCGUUCCGCAAGAGUCUUCGUCUAGCGGUUUUUUCGUCUUGCGAAGCAAGCCCAUUGACGGAUUAGCGCUAUUAGCGCUAUCAGCUGUUUAGCGGCUAUUAAAGGCUUAAAGGCUUAGGGGAUUAGCUGCUAAAAGGCUAUUAAAGGCUAUUAAAGGCUUAGCAGAUUAGAUAAAGGGGGGGGAAAAGCGAAAAAAAAAUCUCAAGACUCGCAAGACAUUUUCGUCUUGCGAAGCAAGCCCAUAGGGGAAUUCGUCCUGCGAAGCAACUUCAAAACGGAAAACUCUUUCGUCUAGCGGUUUUUCCGUCUUGCGAGGCAUUCGUCUUGCGGGGCACCACUGUACUACCUAACUUGCCUGCACAUUCAGUCACAAUAGGGUAGGAUGUCACUGGUUGUGAGCUAUGGCAGCAUAGAGGAAUCUCCGACCCAUGGGCCUGAUUUGGCCCACAUGGCCGCUACAAAUGCCUUGGAAGGUCGUUUUUUAGCAAGCCCCACUUGCUAAAGUCCUAUUUGACACCAACUGCCAUUUUCAGCAGCAUUCCGCAUGUUAAGACUUAUAUUUGUUAUGUAUGUUCCUUACAUUUAUGCUUGUUGUGCACAGUAGACAUAACCCGAGGAAAGAGGUUCAGGCAAACAUUUGAUAAACCACCAAAUGCCUCCUUCCGUUCUGUGAGUCCAAUUCCUAUUAAAAACACAGGAGGUCCAGAUAAGGAACCUCUCACCAAUGGCCAGAGUUGAUGGAAAUUCAGUAGUUCAGCAACAUCUCAAGGACCACAGAUACCCCACACCUGAUGUAGGGGGGCAUAAGGAACCUCUCACCCUAGGAGCCAACUCCUGGGGGCAGAGUUCCCUUCGUGUGCCCCCUAAAAUAUUUGAGAGGGCCAGCCCGCAAAGUUGAUGGGCAUUGCCAUUCAAAUAGGGUGUGUGCACCACAUCAUGUGACCUAUUUCUCUUCCCCCCCCCCAAUAUUUUAUUCAAAUUGGCACUUCUGCCUCUCCCAACCCCAAGUUGUGUGUGACAAGCAGAAGUUCAGCCGGUGAAGUUUCUUUCCUGGCAUGUUUGCCCCUCCCCUCCCCCAACAAACUACUGCGAAAAAGAGACACAGAUUUAAAAAAGUAGGCCGUCCUGUCAGGGACGUCGCGAGGAUGGAGGCGAGCCGCUGCUGCCUAAGGGCUUCGGCGCCGGGCGCUUCAGGUGCCCACCGUUGCCGUUACACAAGCGUAGCCUAAGAAGAGCGGGCGCCGUUCUCCCCUCACGGCAGCGGCGGCCGGUGCUCGUCGUGUGAGGAAAAGUCCUCGUGGCCGGCCGGGCAGCCCUGCCGCCGCCGCCGCCGCCUCCCUCUCUCCCUCCCUCCCAUCAGGCGCUCAUUCUCCCUCUCUCCCCGUCAGCCAGUCACUCCGCGCUUGAGCUGAGGCGCGGCGGCUGCGGCAGAGGAGCCGGCUGAGGCGCGCUCUCCCCCUUUCCCGCCUCCUUCUCCUUCCUCGCAGGCAGGCGAAAGGGGCUCGACUUGCCACCCGGCGGCGGCGGUGGCUUGGGCUCCCGAGCGUUGUUUGGCGCUGCCCGCCCGUCUGCCUUGCCUGCGGCGGCCAUGACCUCGAGCGGCAGGCGGAGAGGCCGGGAGCGGGGGGAGCCUCACCAGCAGGAGGAGGAUGAGGAGCUGCCCGUGUACCUGGCGCGCCCGGGCACCGCCGACCAAGUGCCCCGCCAGAAGUAUGGCGGGAUGUUCUGCAGCGUGGAGGGCGCCUUCGAGAGCAAGACGUUGGACUUCGCGGCGCUCAGCGUCGGGCAGAGAGGGGCCCGGAGAGCCCCGUCGCGGCAGCAGGAGCCCCAGCAGCCCCCGCCGGAGCCCGACGCGCCCCCGGACGAAGCCCCGGCCCGCAGCGUCGAAAUCCGGGCCCGCUCCGGCAAGGAGCGCCUGCAAAACCUCGACUACGAGGAUUACAAGGUAAAGGGGGUGGGAUAGGGAGCCCCUCAAGGGUCAGAGAGGAGGCAGGGGGACCGCGGAAAGGGGCGGGGGGUGUCGGGGGUGGCAUCUCUGAGAUGGGAAACAAAAGAUGAGGCGAUGAGGGCGAGGGGGACCUGCAGACUGAUCUGGAGGGGUGUGUAAUGUGUGUGUUCGUGUCGACGGCUCAUUGUGGUGCCUGUUUACUCGCGAGUAAAGCGCCCCCGAAUCGCAGCCUUCGGCAGCUGGACUGACACGAGACAAAACUACUUACUUCUGGGCUUGUGCGUGAUCUGCCUUCUUGAGAAACGUCCCAAGCAUCUUUCGAACAUCUCGCCCUCGUCAAGCUGCGAAGCGGUUAAAAUUCAACAGAAGUUAAAACAAAACGGCACGAAUCCUACUUGGCCGUACAUUUUUACGGCCUGUUCCGAAGUUGAUGAUGGCUGUUAAGACGGUUACUAAGAGAGAGAGGCCCCUAGCGCCCCCCCCUUCCUCCUGAAAAAUAAACUUAGCAACUAAAUAAUGUGUGGAUGAGGCAUCUUUUCAACACUUCUGCCUUGUGUUUCCUGAUGUUCCCGAUAAGCCCCUUGCAGCUAGGAGUAAUUCUGAUAUUAGGGUUUAGGGAUGUAAAAAACAACUACAUACUCUUAGUGAUGCCUGGAUCUUAAUUGUAGAGGUAACGUGACCACAUUCUAAUUAUUAUUCACCAUCCCUGUGAAUGAAUCAGUUGCUUAUUCUGCUCUGUAUAUAUGCUGAAUCUUCUUUAUUGCUCACAGAGGUUGUGGUUAACCAAGAGGAGGCUCUACAACUUUUUUCUGUUUCUUUUCAAGAGAAAAAGGGAGAGACAGCUUUUCUUUGCCAUCAGCCUGUAUUGCACAAGCCGAGUGUCAGCAUUUUUAAAGUUAUUAACUUAAAAGCUCUAUGCCCUAUGUUCCAAGAAUGGUCAAGUAAGCCAAUCAGGAGAGAAUGUAGUCAACUUAUGCCAGGAUUGGUUACUUUAAAGUCAGUCCUCCCCAUUUUCUUCAUAAAAAGGAUGAACUUGGAACUUAAUUUAAAUGGCUUGACUUUCAAAAGUUUGACCUUAUAAGGAGCAGCUGAAUAAAACAGGAACACCUUAAAUAUUGCAUCAUAGAAGUAAGAGCUCUUUUGUUAGAGGUUACAUGCACCCUUUUAGGUUUUAAAAGUGGCCUAAGCAUUUUUUUUUAGGGACACGGGUGGCGCUGUGGGUUAAACCACAGAGCCUAGGACUUGCCCAUCAGAAGGUCGGCGGUUCGAAUCCCCGCAACAGGGUGAGCUCCCGUUGCUCGGUCCCUGCUCCUGCCAACCUAGCAGUUCAAAAGCACGUCAAAGUGCAAGUAGAUAAAUAGGUACCGUUCCGGCAGGAAGGUAAACGGCGUUUCCGUGCGCUGCUCUGGUUCACCAGAAGCGGCUUAGUCAUGCUGGCCACAUGACCUGGAAGCUGUACGCUGGCUCCCUCGGCCAAUAAAGCGAGAUGAGUGCCGCAACCUCAGAGUCGGCAACAAAAGUUGGUCCUGAAAUCAGGGGUGCGUUUUUCUGAUUUUGGUCAGUAUGUUUCUUGAGCUCAUGUUUUGUUUGUAGCCUUGGCUAGAAUACAGGUGUCUGGUGAGUGAUACCUACUCCUUUAAGGCUAUGUACAUACUAGUGGCUUAAAAUGCAGCAAGGUUGUAGUCCCCAUCCUCCCUGCUGUGUUUUAAGUCACAUUUGCCAAGUUGCUGUGCACACCAGAGAGGGGGCAAGGAUGUCUUCACCCAAUGCACAUUACCUGUUUGUUUUCCUCAAGCCUACAACCCACUCACCCUGAGCUUCUGCUCAUGGAGCUGUCAUCUGUGCAUGUAAAUGUACAUACUUCAGCUUAAUUGUGAAAUGAUUGUGGAUUACGUUUUCAAAUCAGGUGAAAGCUGAUUUGAGGGAAAAUGCAUCAAAUAGCAGUGUUUCUCAAGAAACUACAUAUGGAUUGUGGCUGAUGUCAUGUGGACACGGCUUCAAACGCCAAUAGUGGCAGUGCACUGGAGCCAGAGUUAAGUGCUAAGUGUACAUAGCUGGUGUUACUGAUAGAUGCUUCAUACAUGAUAAUUUCCAUACGGAAUUAACAAGUGUGGCAAUGAAACAGAACCACUGUUAUGUAUGUGGUAGAGCUUAAGUUUUGCUGCAAUAACAUGAAUCAAGAAUAUAAUGCCAAUAUUAUUUACACAAUGUAUGUAUUUGUCACAAAUAAGGUUUUUCUGAUAAGUCUUAUAAUUGAUGGUUUACAUUGUUAGUUACUCCAUGCAGGAGAAAGCCACCAUGCAUUAACUAGUUCUGAGUUCCAAAGGGGAUGGAACUGUGCCAGAUACGGGCAUAAGUAUUGGUUGGAAGUUCUCCUGUCCAUUUCUAGGUCAGUGUGGGCUGCUUCAGUGAAGUCAGCUGGAGCUGAAAUCAUCCAUAGAAUGAAUUCCUAUUUCAUAUGAUUCAGUAAGGUUGCUGCUUUGCUAAGGGGCUGCCUUAACAGAAUAAGGCUAAUUUCAGACUGAACUUCAGUUCAUCUAGCUGUAGAUGAGCGCCGGAUCCUUGAGACUGGGACAACAGAUCCUUUGUCACAUGUAAGAGCUGGCACCCCUUUAAGCGUGUAAGCCAAAUAAAACUGAUUGGAAGAUUACGUUCUUAAGCAAUGAAUAGGUUAUAAACGAACUGUUGAUAAGUGCUUAUAAUGGUAUGAUAACUUCUUUUUCUCUGGUUCUGCCUAGAUUUGUAUUGAUCUAGGGUUGUUAGUUCAGGUAUUCCUGAUCUGAAACUUUGGAAGAGAGCUGUGCUGGAAUUUUAGCUGUGGUAGGUUUUUCUUCAAAAAGGUGCAAAGAACGUUGAUUUAUUAGUACUGUGCUGCCUUUCAAACAGCUUUUGCUAAAUAUUUGCCAAAAGAGUCUGCCAUGACACAGACUUUCAGCUACCAACUUUCUAUCCAAUUCCUAUCUUACUAUUUAGUCUUGUUUAUCCCACCCUUCUUCCAAGGAGAUCCUGGGAGAGUACAUGGAUUUCUCCCCCUCAGUAUUUUUUCUUGCAACAACCCUGUGAGGUCAGUUAGACUGAAAUAUAGUGACUGUCACCCAUUGGGGAUUUGAACCCAGGUCUCCCAGAUCCUGCACUUAAGCCACUGCAACACACUGUUUCUCUUAGGAUUGAGACAGCAUUAUCACACUUUUUUUUUCUUUACUAAACAAAGGUGCUGUGGAGUUCCAUAUACUCCAGACUUCCUUUUUUCAUUGAAUCAAUCUCAAUUUUAAAUCUAAACAGAUACCGCAUAUUGAUGCUAUAGCAACUUUCUGUCAGUUGGAAAACAUCUAACUCUAUUCCAUUUGUCUCCAAGAUCCUGAACAUCAAUUUUACAACAUUUCUAUAAACAAGUAAUAUGGGUUUAAUCUUCAAACAUCCAUUUCCUCUAGGAGAUGCUGAGGCUUUCAAAGCUGAUGGUCCAAAAAUAGACUAAAAUGUGCUGUAGUUGAAGGUAUUGCCAUUCAGCACUAGUGAGUCAAGUGGUAUGUAACCUGCAAAACUGAAAAUGGCAAAAAAAUCCAUCUAAUCCUAUUAAGUGGUCUAACAUGUGAAUAAAUAUCACUUCAAUCCACAUCUACUAUUUUAUUAUUUAUUUUCUUGUCUUUUGUUGUUAUAUUUUUAAAUCACACUUGCCACACAUGCACUUGCCAUACAUACAACACCCACAAACAGUAAACAUACUUGCCAGGCAUACAUCUGUCUUGUUAAGAAUUCAGUACAUACCAUUCCCCACUAUUUCUGGUUAUUUCCCACUGCCUCCAAUGAUUUUUAUAUAAGUUAUGCUGCCAUCAGUAAUGUUUUGAAAUUGUAUUUAUCAUUUCUUCAGUUCUCUUUGACAUGCAGGGUGCUCACUUUUUUAAAAAGUUGCUGCUCGCCUUCUUAAAGUUCCUCUGUUUUUCUCUGCUCUCUAUUGCUGGCUGGCUGCAGAAGUGCUAUUAAUGUAACAACUUGUAAGGGACAAAGUUCUUAAAUAAAUAAGCACAAGAAAUCCUCAAAACACCCAAGGAACACCUGAGCUAUGGAGGGAGAAGAUUGGUUGGUAAAAGGUUAAAAGGUGGGAGAGAGCUGCUGUUGCCAUCAUUAACAUAACCCUGUACUGUAUAUGGGGUUGCCUGUCAAGGAAACUCAGAAGCUUCAACUGAAAGCCUCAUUCCCAUGUUGGUGGCACAUCAUCCUAGAAUGUAUGGCAUUUGAAUAGCUAUGUAGAUACAUCAAUUUAUUUUUUGCUAUGUUCUACGUCCACUGUUGGAGGCAAAAUGCCUUUGAGUACCAGUUGCUGAGUAUCACAACUGGGGAGAGCACCUUUGUACUCAGGUCUUGAUUGUGGACUUCCCCUACAUCUCUAACUAGCCACUGUAAGAAAGGAUGCUAGACUAGAUGGGCCUUUGGCUUAAUCCAGCAGGGCUUUUCUUACAUUCUUUGAGAAUUCUUAUGUCCAGUACUGAUAUAAAUUAGAUCUGCUCUAGAAUGUCUGAGUAGACAUAUAUAGGAUUGCACAAUAAGCAGAGCUAAAAUAUAUGGCAAAACACUGUUUUGUGAGCUUUGGGAAGCAUAAGGCAGAAUGAUUAUUCUGUUAAUUACAUCUACUUCAUCUACCUUAAUCAGAAAAAAACACAUUCUAUUAUGUUUUCCUUUAUCCGAGAAUUGGACAAGUCUUUGUCUCUUCAGCAUGUGGUCAAGACAUUUUCUCUUUUCCUAGGUAAUUCUGUGAAGGGCUUUUCCUUGACAGCUGGCUGUAAUACAGAAUUGUACUACGCAACUCAGGCUUUACUGCAAUUGCAAAUUACAACUCGUUGCAGGAUUAGGCACAGAGAUGAUCUGGUUUAUGUGGGAAAAUGCUCCUACUCUUCAGUGGAAAUCAAUGGUCACUAAGUAAAUCUUCCAUCAAAAUAGGAGUUUACUGAAUAAUCAUUCAUUUGCUGGUAUCUAUUGCAGCAUUGUGUCAUGGUUUCCAUUGUCUAUAUAAAAAUCAGAAUGUGUGAAAUUAGUACAUCUAUUAUUAAUGUCUGACCUAAAAGAGGCCAGUUAAAUUAAAAAUAUAAAGUGUUCCUACUAUAAGUAACUUGUGGUAGUAUAUAGAAAGAUGAACUGAAAUUGCUAUAAUUUGCAUGAAUACAGAUGCAGCUAUAUUAUCAAGCAGUUUCAAGGCCCAUUUAAAAUGCUUUAGGUUUCUCAUGGGGGGGGGAGAUGUGUCUGGCUAACUUUUGCUAAUUAGGAACUUAUACUACUUCAGAGUAGUACUUGUGUGGAAGCACAAGUGUGCCCUUGAAGAGAAGAAGAAAAGACUAGCUCUUAAAUUGAUUAUUCUGAAGGGAAAGUUUCAUUCCAUAUUCUAAACUGAUUGUAAAACGAUUUGAUCACAGUUUACUUGUACUAAAUAUUUAUGUGUGAUAUUGUGUAGUGUGUACUUUGACCUACCAAUGCAGAGGAGACUGAUUGGUGUUUGGAUGGAAAUCCUCCAUCCAAUAAAUGAAGAAACAUCUCAGUAAGUGCUACAUUACAGUGGUGACUACUAUUAAAUGCCUAGCUAAGUGGCUGUCCAGUUUGAUGGGCCCGGAUGAAUGGAGAAACAAGCCAAGUCCUUCUUGCUCCUAAUUUCAUUUCUUGAAGCUAGUUGUCCAGGCCCAGGCCAUACCUCUGUGGCUGUCUUUAGCUGCAGCAGCAUCUGUGGCUAGCAGGCAGGCCUUCCAGCCACUCCUUGUUUCUCCCAGCAGUUACUCGCUCAGAGUAUUACUAUUCUGGGACUAGUGCAGGUGGGAAUGGAGGAAGACAAAUGCUUGCAGUCUGUGGUACAGUUUGCUGUGACACUGAUCUCCUUGACAUGCUGCAGACCAGGUGUAACUGGGAGCGAAGACAAAGGCUCUGUCCUCACAUCAUAGUAAGCUUACCGGGAUAGUAUGAAUGAGCUUGCUAAAAGAGGAGCAGAGCAACUGUGAUCUUCCUGGCAGCCAACAUAUUUGUGCAUUUGCACAAAGUCAUGGUUUGGCUUUCAUGCAAACAUGGCCAAAUUGAUUCUAACUUAGUUAGAAUCAGCUUUCCUCUUUUCUCUCUCUAGAAGAAGUGAUAGUGGUUCUCUGUAUACUCCUAUGGGCGACAGUUUUCCUCUUCUCUUUCCCUUUGUCUCAUAGUUUUUUGCAGGUAUUGUUGUUGGCCUACCAUUUUCCAGUCAAAUAUAAGGUAUAAGAGCAGUGGUGGAGCUGAUCCAGCUCUUUGCACAGCUGCAUUGCAUUUUCCCUCUUUCCCUUGCAUGCCCUAUUUUGCUGGUGAGUGUGGCUUCAUCAAAAAUAUUUUGUUGGCCAAAUGUGGUGGCCUGGCUGACCUAACUAAUCAGUGCAGGGGAGAGAUCUUGGAGGAGUUAGUAUUCCAUAAUUGGGGACACUUGAUAGGGUGUAUAUGCUCAGCACUUCACUGGAUGCCAUUUUUUCAUAUUUAUAUUCUUAAAAAAUAACAGAAAACAGGCACAUGCCUUUGCAAACUGGAAAUGUGCCCAAAUAAUUCUGUGUUCAAUGUAUUGUUUAGAAGAUACAGUUUAGAAGAUUUAUAAUAAUGGCCCCAAAGCAUGAGUGCAAAACAGUAAUUGUCAGUUUCAAUAGCACCUAGUUUAGAAGGUUAGUGAUUGAAUAUUUGAUUGAUUGAUUGAUUGAUUGAUACACAUCUGCUCACUUGUGGAAGUGCUCUGUUGUUUAGCCACUGACAUAUAUUUUGCCUUGAAGAACAAUAGACAUGAGGGGGCCAUUAUUUUUAUUUCUUUUGGAUUGUUUUAUUUGUUACUCCCGUAGUGUAAUUUCCUUUCGGACUGCCAGCUUAAGUGCACAUAUUUUGUUAUGUAAUUGCUUUAAGAAACUUCCUGUAUUUUCAUGUAGCUGUUCACAUACUGAUCUGUGAUUCUGCUUCAGCUGUGGACUUGGGAUGGAAUUUAGGAAGGCAAGCCAGAUUUCUCUAGUACUGCUCAUUAUUAUCAAUAGAGCUCCUGUCUUUUAGCUGAUAUAGCAUCUCUGUGAGAAAAUGAUAGAUUUGAGGAUGAACUGGGAAGCUCAUCAGAUGUAAUUAGAAGAAUUGUUAUGAUUGUGUUACUUUCAGGUCAUUGUCUGAAUGACUUGGAAAUGUGAUGUAGUGGGUUUCUUUCUUUUUUUUAGUUGGCUGUUGAUGAACUGUCAACAAAAAAACUUUUCAGCCAGCAUGUAAUGAUCCAAAACUGGCACUGUUUUGGUUUUGAUGGGAACAAUGAAAACUUAUUUUAAGAAACUUAAGAAAGAAACUAACGUCGGCAAGAUUGUUAACAGUGGCAAAGGCAUGGUGAAUUCUUCUGUAUCAUUAGAGUGUUGGAAAAGUCUGGUUUGGAAUUCAGCCUUGUUAGAGAAACUAACACUACAGGUACCAAAGACAUACAUGUAGAACAGUUUGAAGUCAAUUCGAAUGACGUUGUUGCUUUUCUAAAUAAAGGAAACAGUGAUUGGACACUUCCAGAAAUGUAUUGUUUGAUGUGAUAUUUUGAGUUCACAGGUGUGGUACUUACAAGAUUCUUUCUGUAAAAGAGGAAUUGAAAAGAAAAUACUAUCAUGUUGGUUUGUGUAUGUUGUUUGUUUUAUUGUAUAAAGUAUUUAAUGUUAACAGGUGAUUGCCACUUCUGCUCAGGAUGAAUAUUAUUAUUGGUAAUUAUAUAUGAUAUACAGCUUCCACAAAUGCUGUAUAUGUGUUGAUUAUGAAGAAUACUUGCAUAGUAUCAGGAUGCUUGCAUAUCUAAAUCAGGCAUGAGCUCUGAACCAAAUAUCCCAAACCUUUGGAGAAUUAUUGUAUCCAGUCUUCACUAAAUUUGUACUUGUUUGACAAACAAUUGGAACCUACUUAUUUGUAUCAGGUUGGAAAUGAUUGGUUUUAUACGUCUUGUACUGUAAAGGAGUGGACUAAAAUCUAGGCUUUGGGAGAUUCAGAAUAGCAGUGUGCUGCUCCAGCUCUGGGCCUUACAUGAUUUACUGAUGGUGUUUUGCAUUGUACUGAGUUUAUGUUCAGCAAGAUAAUGGGAAAUUUACAAAUACAAAUAUUUGCAGUAAUUGUGGUCACCUAGUGGAAGAACUGUAUGCAUUGCUAUCGGAAUAGUAGUAGUAGUAAAAGCGAAAUAAAGUCAGUAUUGCUAACCAGAAAGAUCUCACUUUGCCACCAAGUGUCCUAUCCCUCCUUUCUGUAGCAGUAAUCCAAAUGAUCUGUCCUCUUUCCUCAACUCUUUCUUCCAUGGAGGAAGUAAUGCCACAUCUACCUCCUAAACAACAUAUAACUGACUCAGCCACCCAGUUCCUUAGCAGGCUAUUAUGCCUAGUAACGAAAAAUGAGCUGUGCUAUCCCACAUUGAAGUAAAUUUGAAUCUAGAUCUAGGCCUAGUCUGUGUUAGAUGCUUUUUAUACUUGAAUUACUAUCCUAGUAGACUCAGAAUUGACUUUUCAUAAAGAACAGUCACAGCAUCUGAGUUGGAAAUGAUUAAGAAUCCAUAUUCUUUUAAUUAAAUUCAUUGGAAACAUGUUGGUUUAAAUUAAGGAGGAGUGGAGGAAGAGUAAAAUGUUCUUUUGUUGAAAGGGGGGGGAAACCAUUUAAGUUAAAGCAUGAUUUUUUAAAAAGUCCAGUGCUUUGGAAAACUUUCCAUUGCUGGGGUUGUUUGGCUAUAUAAAUUACAGGCUGAGGAGUAGGUGUAAUACGUGCAGGAGAUUCUAACAUCUGUCUAUUCCCAUUGUGUGUGUUUAGUUAAAAUUGUACAGGAAAAUGUGCAAGGCAGAACAGAAAUAUAUAGUACAGCUUUGAAUGAAAAGCAUCUGGACUGAAAUCAGCAAUAUGUUUUCAGGAAACCCAGUUACUGUCCAUUUCAAGUUUCUCAAAUUCAGGGAGAGGUGCUUAUGAGAUCAUAAUUGGAAAAACAGAUGUAUUCAGAGGACCUUUCCUGAUAGUGAUUUUUUGCUAAGUGAGCAUUGAUCAUUUUGGCAACCAUUUCUGGUUGUAUUUCUUUUUCCAAUAGAGAUUUUGUGAAGAAUUCAUUUAAAAAACAACAACAAAUCCUCCUGAAGAAGUGUGCAUGCACACAGAAGCUUAUAUCCAGAACAAACUUGGUUGGUCUCUAAGGUGCUACUGGACAACUUUUUUAUUUAAAUCCUCCUUAGUUACUGGAUUUUAAACUCUCUUUUAAAAUCACACGCUGUACCCUGAUUAAAGUACAAAAGGAAAACAAAAAAAGUCAACCUAAAUAUAAGUCAACAGAACAUUCAAAAAGCUUCAAAAUCAAGACAUUAAAAAAUAUUCAAGCAACAGUUGUCCCAAACGCCCCUUACUAACAGUCACAUUUAAGUCUUGAAGGUUAAAGUGUGCAUACGUGUAAUGGAACUGAACAGAUAGCUGGAACUUUUUUGACAGUUUGUUGUUACUCCCAGAGAGAGGCAAGUGUCAUGCCACUCUGUGUUUGCUGGAGGGUUUAUUGGGAAGAUGCAGCACAGUAUCAUAAGCUAUAAAAAAUACAUUUUUAAGCCCAGUAUCUUGUCUCCAUUAACCAUCAGAGUGUUCUUGUGUCCAGGAGUCUGAGCUCACCAGAUAGACCUAAACACUGGACUCCUUCUCAUGAUGGACAAUAACACUUAAUUAGAUGAUAUAAACUAAGUAUUGAUACACUAAUGGGGAGGCCUUUUAUAUUCUGCCUGUCAUGCUGUUAGCUGGCUAUCUCCAUAAUGAGCUUUAUUCUUGGAGAAAGGACUCUGAUAUUAUAGCCUCGGUGGUCUCUCUUUCUUGCAAGGGUAUGUUGCAUUGAUAAUUGUGGACUAAAAUAUAAGCACUCUGUGUAUGUACAUAAGGCCAAACACCUAUGAAAGUACAAGUGUUGCUAAAAAUAAGAGAUCUGUGUGCCAUAGACAAGGUAUGAUGGGACAGAUCCCCAUCUAAUAUAUAAAUUGGACCAACUGGAGUAUCUGUUAGUCAUAGCUAGCCCUAUAUACAGUAUAAAAAUUUGCUUUUAACAUCAGCUUCAUACUGUUCUGUAUAAAACUAUGGCUAGGGAAACAUUGAUGAAUACUAAUAUUUUAAUAUUUAGAGACAACAUUGAAUACUUAAAAGCCUGGGUGAUCAGCACCUGGGAUAUUUUCUCCUCUUCCAUGUUUCAGAAGUAGAUGCUCUUUAAGAUAACUUUAUAUUUGGGGAAUUAUACAGCAUUUUUCUUGGUCGUGCCCUUCAAUAUUCUGAUUAUUCAAAAACAAAUAAAUAUAUGGUUUGCUUGAAAGUAAACAUAUGUAAAACUGGAAAGCACAGCAACAUUGAGCCUAUAUCAUGUUGGUGUUUUAGCAAAUAUUCAUUCACCUCAUUAAUUGUCUAGGUAGUAAGGUAAAUGACAUGUAUCUUAGAUGAUAGGUUAUACUGCCAACAUUCAGAAAAACUCUGGUGAAUAUGAUCUGUUUGGUGUAUAGGAUGUUCCUAAUACCCCAGUGAGAUCUAGAAUUUGAAAGCUUUGUGGUUCUGAGCCUCUUGCAGCUUUUCCUGUGUACUUCAGGUAGAGAAUUUAAAAUAUGUUCUUCUCCAUGUAGAACCUGUGCUGAAAUUUUUAGUUUCUUUAUGUGUUAGGUUUUAUGCAUUAGUACUAUCAUUUAAGUUGGCAAACACACCCCUUUGUGAUAUUUGUCUGGCUGCUUGUUUUGUGACAGCCAAUUUCUAGUGUUCUCAUAGUGUAUCACAGUCUUCCCCAAUCUGGUGCCCUCCAGAUGAUUUGGACUACAACUCCCAGCAGCCCCAGCCAACCUACUUCUUACCCCAUCACUGGUAUGCACCAUUUCGGUACAAAUGUAUUAUUGUAUUUUAGUGUUUUGUUGGAAGCCGCCCAGAGUGGCUGGGGAAACCCAGCCAGAUGGGUGGGGUAUAAAUAAAUAAUAAUAAUUAUUAUUAUUAUUAGUCCUCAGGUAAGCAGGUGGCUUUGAGGAAAUCACACAGCAACCACUGUAUAGAACUCACCACAUACAACAGCUGCCAUACUGAUGAAAUUUGAAGCUGCCUAUAUAUGGCAGACAUCUUACAUGAAAUGAUCCUUCAAAACUACAAAUACAUCAGUUCAAUCAACCAAAACAUCUGGGAAGUACUGCAUGUUGUACAGUCUCACUGUGUGUCUCAGUUCAUCUCAAAUUGCAGCUGUGAUUGUGGGAAUUCCUUGAGACUUUGACAAGCACACCAUAUACAUGGUUACAGUGGGGAAAAUAUAUUGUGUGAAUUUGUCUUCAGACGUCUUUCUGUAUGAGUGUGAAUUAAAAGAGAGAACAGUUGCUAUGGAUGAAUGAAGAAAAGAACUUGUCAGAAACAAAAACAAAUGUCCGAUAUGCUUUCCAGAAAGCAAGAAAAUGGCAUUGCUUCAUACGUGUCCAACUGGAGCCUGGCUAAGGCAAUGUGUGGUUCCAUCCGUGACUUUCCCACCUCUCAAAUGGGAAAUUGCUAUGAUCCUUUUAUACUGACAAGUUUGGAGGAGGAAGUUCUGAGCAGAAAUCUCACCUCCCUCUUAACAUUCUUAGUAUUGUGUGUAACUAGGGGGGAGUGAAACAGGUACUUUGGUUUUACAAACUUGCCUUUAUUCUUCAUUCUUGUCAGCAACUCAAUUAUUGCACUGGGGAAGCUGGAUACUGUUCACUGUAUUGACCAGAUGAUAAUUGCAUUGGGGUGAGAAGAGAAAUAUCUUGCAAUGAACUUUCUCCUCUUUUCUAGGCUCAAUUUACAAAAUCCUCAGAUGCCCGGUCCCAUUCAGGAUAGCUCUCUGGCUCUAACUAGCAGAUUCAGGAUGUGGUGCUUUCUUUUCUUCCAGAAAGAAGAGGGUAAUUUGGCAAAAGCUGUAAUAAGCUAUUUUCUCCUUCUGGCUUUCACAGCUUUUUCUUGUGGCACUCUCAACAGCCAGUGAUGUGGGGUGUCAAAUUUUCAGUGCUUUAUAUUUUUGUGAAAAAAAUCCAGUUUCAUAGCCUCAUCAGCAACAAUGAAUGACUUCCAAUAGCAAGUAUUAGGAAAGCUUGGCCAUUUCAAAGUUUAUAGCUUGAUAUACUAAAUACAGGUAAAAUGAACAUGCUAAAUUAGAUCACUCUCAAGGAUAUCAGAAAAUGUUGCAGUGCAAACUGAAAAUAUUCCAAUGUCAAUUGCCUCAGUUCAGACUUUUCUGGAAAUUCCACAUCUCUGGCAACAGCCCACAUGAAGAAUUCAGCUACCUGCCUACUGCUCUGUAGCAACAGCAACACCUCCAUACCUGCCUAAGUCUUAGAACAUUGCCUACAUGGUUUGUUUUAUCCUUCUUUAUAGCUGUUGAAUUUACUUAGUUUUUGUUUAUUGGAAGCUAAGGGUUCAGGCCUCCUUUUGGAGGUGGUGGUGGGAGGGAAUGAACAUGAACAUGAACAUGAACAUGAACUAGAAGUUGUUCAAAGUUCUGCCCUAAAAUGAACUUAAUUCUCCUUUAGAUUACCUAGCAAUUAGGGAAACUACUUCCAGGCAGGGCUCUUUUUUUUCGCCGGAACUCAGUUCCAGCACCUCUCAGGAGGCAUUAAUGGUGAGCACCUCUUUUUAUAGAAAAAUAGCACAGCUUUCAGAGAUGUUUGAACGGGUUCCUUGAAAUUCAUUGAACUGAACUAGUUCAUUCCAACCCCUGCUUAUCAUUGCAGGUGUAUUGCCCCCACAAACUAGGCUUUGAACUGUGCUUUUCAAGGCAAACAACACUGUUACAAGCAAAAUGUCACCUUUAAAAGCCUUCUUUUGUUUGAAAAGCUGCUUCAGGAAGGGACAGUUUAAGAGUUAGCAGGGAAUAAAGUACUCCCUGCACCUAUCUUAAUGUUUCCAAAGAACAACAAAACAGUUGCCUGAGUAUCAUUACUGAUCAAGAGCUUCAUUAACUACAAAACCCAGCAUUUGGGAUCCCCUCCAAAUCUUUCAUAGGAUUUUGUAGUCAUUUUGUAGCUCUGCCCAAGCCAGUACUGUAUUAGCACCCCAGAGUCUUUGGGCUAUAUUAAGACAAGGUGUUUUAGAUCCAUUAUGAAAUUUGGACAACAGUGCAUUGUAGGAAGAUGGGGGAUAACGUCAACCCUUUCCCUGCAUAGAUUUCCCGUUGUAAGUGCUCCCUAGCUGCCCCAUAAUAGGUGCUUGGUUGAAGGCAUUUACGCCAGAAAACAGUGCAGUAUGGAAGGGUUCUACCUUCCCAUCCCCACAGUACUAAGGUCUUGAUUAAUUCAGAGGGAGGAAGAGAGAGUUGUUGCUUUAAAAAAAUGAAAAGUUUGGGAGAACCAAUCAUGGAUCUCAAACAUAUAUAAUUUGGCCCACUGCUGCAGAAAUUGGGUGAGGCAUAUAUCAUAUCAUAUCAUGCACAUCAGGAAGUCAUCAAUGGUGUAAAGCUGAUGCAGAGUAUGCAUACUGUUUCCAGUGUGAUUUUUGGCAGAAGCAGCAGGACUUAAGCACUUUUCUUUAAAAAAGAAAGAAGAAAAGAAAGAGUCUUUACAAGGGUAAAAAAGAGAUAUGAAACAGGCCCAGAAAGGAAUGCUGGCAGCACAUCCCAUACAGGAUGAAUGUAGGGAAAACCAUCAAGUGGAACAACUUCUAGCCUAGACUUGGCAUGGAAGUUGAUGUCUUGUGCAGUGAAUCUGAGAAGUAAAAGCUUUUUCAAAAAUGUCAUUAAAAAUGAAUGUUUAAAAGAAUAGAAAAUGUGACUUGGCAACAAAGAAAGCAGAACCUCCCCUCACUUCCCAGAACAUGCAUGCAGCCUGCAUGGUAUAGUGUGAUGUAAUGGUUAGUGUAAGACUAGGACCUGGAAGACAAAGGGUUCAAAUCCUCACUCAGCCAUGAAACGCAUUGGAUGACCUUGGACGAGUCUUGGCCUAAUCUACUUCACAGGGUUGUGAAGUAGAUUAAAUGAAGCAGGAGAACCCUGUACACUGCCAUAAGCUCCUUGGAGCAACGGCAGGAUAUAAAUAUACAAAAUAAAUAAAUUAAUAUAUUGUUUCUAAAAUGCCAUGAAAUCACUUUCUUCAAAGAAGCUUUUAGUUGUGUUGCUACAGGGGAAAAAUUGAACUUCAUUGAGAAUACUGGGUGUUGCAAUAUAGUUAAAUAGUGCAGAAAGUAAUAGUAUGAAGACAUGUCAAACUUUUGUCAGCUGACAAAUAUUAUGUGGCAGCAUUCAUCUUGUAGUUGCAGAGGCAAAUCAAUAAAUGUUUCAGAGGCCUAAAAGGGAUGGGUGGUGUGUGGUGUUUUGUUUUUUUUAAAGGGAUCUGUAUUUAAACCACACUACCCAUUAUCCAGUAAUACACACUGGGUAGAAUUCAGUGUUGUACUAUUACAAACAUUUCACUCGGCAAAUGGAGCAAUUCUGCCCCUCCCUUUCUGGAUAUUCUCCCAACACCAGCAGCCCUACCAAGGAUAGGGGGCGCAGGGAAGCAAGGGGAAACUCCCAUUGUGUAAGUGCUUGCAUGGGGCUUCUGCUGAUGGGGUUUAAGUGAAUCCUGAUCAUGAAGUUUUAUCUAAAAGAUACACAAGUGAAAGUUGCUUCUGCUCAUUCCACCCCCCCCCCAUCCCACUGCAGUUCCCCAUACUACACAUUAGCUCUUUCCUAAGGGUCCUCUAACCUCAGGAGAGGUUUUUCAGGGAGCUGUAGUGGGCUGGAAAAUCCUGUUAUACAAGCAGACUUAUAUCUGCCUAACUUUGGAUGCAACUUAUGAAAUUUGUUGUGUUGUGUAAAGGUAAAGGGACCCCUGACCAUUAGGUCCAGUCGUGGCCGACUCUGGGGUUGCGGCGCUCAUCUCGCUUUAUUGGCUGAGGGAGCCGGCGUACAGCUUCCGGGUCAUGUGGCCAGCAUGACUAAGCUGCUUCAAUAUUUGAAGGACCAUCCCUUGUUUUUGUAUUAUGUAUGUUGUUCACCACCCUGGAAUCUAUUGGAUGAAGGACAGUAUACAAAUAAUUUAAACAAAUAAAUAAAAUAAAAAGAGUGCUUGGUUUCAUUUGACCAGGCUGACUGUCAUCUACCUGCACCAGUGCUGAUUUACUAGAUCUGUGCUGCUGCUCCCCAGAGACAGUUUACCUCUUUGGUAAAGGUAAAGGACCCCUGACAGUUAAAUCCAGUCGCGAACGACUCUGGGGUUGCGGCGCUCAUUUCAUCAUGAGGCCAGCAUGACUAAGCCGCUUCUGGCGAAACCAGAGCAACACACGGAAAUGCUGUUUACCUUCCCACUGGAGCAGUACCUAUUUAUCUACUUUCACUUUGACGUGCUUUCAAACUGCUAGAUUGGCAGGAGCUGGGACUGAACAAUGGGAGCUCACCCCGUCGCGGGGAUUUGAACCACUGACCUUCCAAUCUUUAAGCCCUAGGCUCAGUGGUUUUGACCACAGCGCCACCCAUGUCCCUUCGCCUCUUUGAAGAGGGUGGAAACCAUACUUGCAAAUGAUUCGAGAAAGGCUCCAGGCCCAUUUUCCCACAUAUCAUUGCUGUGUUGAGAGUGCCACUGCUUUUGUAACCUAAAUGGCACCAUUCACAAGUGGACAGUAUCAGGCUUAGGGGAAUCCAGAGAUUGUAGAAGCACAAGUAAUUUCUAUGACAAACUCUAAGGGGAACUUCAAAAACAUCCCCCAAAGGAUUGAGUAUGCUCAGUGGCUAUGGAGUUUGGGAUAUGAGGAGAGGAGGGAAAUGGAGUGGAUACAAUAGAAGAAUAGAGUCUUUUGCAGCUCUUGCUAUGUAUAUGGAUUUUGCAAGAGAGUUUUUAUAGCAAUACAUAAAAUGACUUGCCGGAUCUAAAAUCACACAAAAAGUGACAGGUGCCUUUCCCCUUUCCACCAUAAGUCCUGCCCCUUUCAUUGAAAGUUCCACCUUUUGCUAUAAAUUUUAUAUUGUUUAAUAUAAAUUUGAUACAAAUUAUUCAAAAAAGUGAUUAUAAAAGUUUGUUUUAGGGUAUCAUGUGACCUAUGUACGUGGCUGUCUCAGUGCCACAAAUCUGACAGUGGGUUUUGAGUCCCCGUAUAGAUACUAAAUGUUUGGGUUGUGCCUCCCCACCCCACCCCUGUAGAUGUCGUCAUUAGCAUCCAGCCUAGUGUUUGAAAUUCCAGUGUGUAUAUACUGUAAGCUCUUCAGGGUAGCCUGCCCUUUGCCCCAGCUACAGAACAGAUGUAGAUGACCCAACCAUCCUUACCCCAAGGCUUUAUGAAUGCUAUGACCAAUAGGAACAGGCCUUUCCAUUGACCAUAGACCAAACCAAUGAGCUUUUUGGAAGACAGGGACAUGCCUCUGGGAUAUGAGAACUAGGAAAGGUAUAAAUUUGAAGGCUGUUUUUUCUUACUACACUUGUCUAUUGAUUUAUAAAAUCUGAUUUCUUCUCAGGGCUAAGAUGCAGAAAAUGAUUAUUUGUUACAGAAGUUCCAUGUCUUUCUGUGGAGAUCUUGUAGACUAGGAAAUCCAAAUAUUUUUAUUAAGGGGAUUUAAUGGAACCACUAGUAUAUGUGCAUUGCAGAAAUACUCAAUUUUCAUUAAAUAAUAUGCUGCACAAGAGAUAAAAUUAACUUUGUGCUGUUUCUGAACAGAAACUCAAGCCAUAGGUAGUUCUGAUUACUCGCUGUCUCUUUCGCUUUAUAUUUAACAACAAUUAUUUGCUGUGAUCUUGCUGUGUUUGACAAACCCACCACCUGCUCCAGCUCCAGGAGAGGAGGAAGGGAAUUCCUUCUACUGUAAUUCCCAGUCUCUAAGCAUAAGCUGCUCCACUGAGCAUUUUGAUGGAUGCCCUUGGCUCACUUUUAAUCUUCAAACCAGUAUUGGCUUUUCCAUGGCAUGCCAGGUGAGAUGCAUGCGAAAGAGGAGAUCUGAGAGUGGAACAAGAGUAGAAAGUGGGAAAGGUUAAUGUAGCAGAAGGAUGCAGGUUAAUCAAUAUGCAUAAAGACUCAUACAAAAGAAAGCCCAUGUUUGGGUCCAUUUUAUUCUCUAACUUCUCUGCAUGAAUUCUGAGGGUGCUGUAAACUGUUGAAAUGUGAAAGUCCCUGGAGGUAAAAGUUCUUCAUUGCAUAUUUAUAAAAAUGAACAAUCAGUGAGCAACAAAAGCUGUUACGUUACACAAGUCAGAGUCAUUCAGUCAUUUGCUAGCUACUGUGGAAUUACUGCAUUUCCAGUCAGCCCAACUAGAAAAUGUUUUUGUCUCCACUGAAAAUAAGCGUUUCUAAGGGUAAGUGUGAGCCAUCCCUACUGGCAUAGUCUGUCGGCUGACUUGGUAGGUGGUGGGCCCUAAAGUGGCUCUGUGGUCUGAGCACCCACAGUCCUGGACUCAUACCAAGGGGUUUGUGGUUAAAACCCUGGGUGCUUAGUGGGAAUUCUAGAAUGUGCCUUAGGAUAGUUUGCUUCUUCCACAAGCUCUAGUGGCUGACUAUACAAUAUUUGCCCUGCCCUCCCUUCAGCUUACAGAGCAGAUAUUUUGUACAUAUGUUCUGCAAAUGGAUGAGAUUAUCUCACCUCAGGUAUGAAGCGCAAUAUCCACAAACCACAUCAACAAUCUUAGACCCCCUAACCACACUGUAAAACUUUUUAGAACAAAGAAAGUUUAUAUUCCAUAGGGCUUGAUGAUGAGAAACUUUUUGAUUUUGCUUGUUUUGUGCUCCCCCCAGCUUUAUGUAUGUCAAUUACUUUUCACAAGCCCUGAAAGAAAUGGAUUUCCAAAUAAAAACCUUUGAAAAAAUAUUGAUCAUUUUGACAAAAAAAAAUGAAAUAUGAAAAUUCUAAAAAAAACACGGGUGGGGGAUUGUUGUUCUAAAAUAAAGUUAGGUAUUGUAACCCUGUUGCACUUUUCCCUUUCCUGCACACACUAUUUUCCAAACAACAGCAAGAUUUUAAAAAUGGAUGGGCUUUGAAUUCCUUAGGGAGCGCUUUCCAGUGAAAUAGGGUUGAAAUGGGUUAGGUUUUCAAGAUUGGUCUAAAACCAUGGGAACAAGAAGAUUACUUUGCAGGGCAUGGUGGAAGAAUCACUACAAUAUGAAAAAUGAUGAUAAGGUAGUAGCUUUCCAAACUGUGUGUCACAACACAUUAUUGUGUCAGCUGCAUUGUGUAGGUGUGUCAUGGGAAUGCUCCCCAUGCUCUUCCCAGGGCUGGAAGGCUGGCAGUUUAUCCUCCGGUUUGCUAGUAAAACUGAAUUACUGUGGCUCAAAAUGAUGCAUUGUCUAAAAUCUGUGUCACCAAAUUAGAAAGUUUGGAAAGCUGUGUAGGGAUUUUAAGGAGACUUACAAAAGAAACACUGUUGUAAAUAUGAGUACUAGCUUAACUGCCUCUUCCUUUACAAAGUUUUUAGUCUACUUUACCACAUGCCAACUUAGCUGCUACUCUUCCACUUAUGUACAUUUUGUUAAAGCAUCUGUUUUAGACAAGAAACAAACUAGAGUAAGGUUACCAGAUGUCCCCGUUUCCUGGGGACAGUCCCCGGAUUUACAAAUCAGUCCCCAUACAAAAUCCAUUGAAGUUGAAAAGUGUCCCCAGAUUCAUUGGAAAAAAUAUGGUAACCUUAAACUAGAAGUCAUUUGUUGCUCAAAGAGAUGAAAUAUCUCUGAUAUUUUCCACUGGGUAUCUGUGGAUACCAAUUCCUAAAAUCUUAGCUGCUUGCUAGUCUCUGGGAAGUUUGAUGUGCUUUUCUGACUGCUCCCUUGAAUUGUCAGUGCUGGCUUGUAGCUCCUUGCUUCUUCUGCAGUAGCUAACGUCCCUGGGAAAGAGCUUAUGGGCCUUGCCCAGUCCCUUUGCAAAUCUGAUAGCCAGUCUUUCCACUGCUACCCUCUAGCGGCUGUCAUGCCUUACUGCUAUGACAGCAGCUCGGAGUGGGUGAGGCAAAUAAGGCGAGGAGAGAAAAAUCAAUGCACAGAGAAAGCGAGACUGGGAAGAAGGAGAAGGGAGGAGUCGCCUCAUCAGCCAUUCCUGUCUUACAGGGUCCCAGCUGUCAUUGGUAAAAGAGGAGGGAGGGAGAGGAUUUACUAUUGUGUGAAACAAGUGGGAGGGGGCAAGACAGAGAGGAAGACGAGGAAAGGAAGGAAGCACCAUUUGUUUCACCUGAGCUUGAGCUUCUUUGCAAGCUGGUACUGCUCCUAGGUUGGAGGAUAGGAGCUGGUUCUAUCCCUGCCACAACAGCCGAACGUCAUGUCUGGUUAUCAGGGCAAGAAGAACAUCCCCAGGAUAACAGUGAGUGGCUUAACAUAUCUUCUUUCGUUCUCCCCACCCUCCGCUCUUCAUGUUUGCUGCAUUUAUGCUUCUGUCUUCACAUUUGUUUUGUAUUAGUUUACUCAUCCCCACCAGCUACUACCCAUGUCAGUCUAGUUUUGUAAGAAGCUGGUGCUGAUUCAAUUCAUAGUUGCGAGGGAUAUUAAAAAGCCAGCCAGCUUGCAAAAAUGAGGAGGUGCAUGCAGGGGCAGCCCUGAUUAAGUAAAUAUUGGGACUUUCAUAAACUGUACAGUUGACACGGUGGUGGGGGAACCUUCAUUGUCUCAUGCUGUUAAAUUACUGUCUGGGAGGACUGUACUUGUGUGAAGCAGUGAUAUCAGACUGCAGUAUCUUCAAGCCCCAAAAUGUUGCUAUCAAAUCUCUCUCCCCCCCCCACCUCCCCCUUCAUGUCUGUUGUCCAUGUCUGUGGGGCAUGGUGAGGAUUUAGUGACAUUCUGUUUCCAACCCUGCAUGUUAGGAGUAGAUUUCCCUCCUUGUUCACUUCAGGAUGUUUGAUCACUUUUUAAAUGCUUUGGACAGACCCUUGUUUUUGUUUUUUGUUCUGUCACCACUCUUUUUUUUUUUUAAGCAGGAACACUGGUAUGCCUAAGUUGCCUGCUGCAUAGUUUUGUUUGCUGCAUAUUUGGGUGCGUCAUGUGCUUUGACUGGCUCAGGAAAAAGAGGAAUUGAUUCAUCUGUAAAUGUGAAAGCUUUGUUUUACAAAUGAAUGUGAAAUAUAUAAUUUUCUCUUCUUCUAAAUAAUGGUUUGCUUGUUAACAUGAAAUAAAAACUGUCUGUUGGAGAGCAUGGGGGGAAAUACUGUGAAAAAUAGCAGUGUGUUUUGCAUCGUUGCAUCAGUGUGUGCCCUGCAGAUGCAUUUCCAGUGGCUUCAUACUCCACCCUGAUUUAUUGUUGAUGCAAUGAAACGGCUUGCAGAGGGGGUACCCCCUUGGUCUUUAAUAGGCCUGGGGUUUAUUGUCGCUGGCUUCAGAUGCAAGGAGUGCAGCUGUGCUUUGUCUCCAAUGCAUUUUAAUGAAAUCUUUUGUGGGAUAGGGUAUGCAUUGGGGGAACGGGUGGCUACUCCAUCUUUGAGGCAAACAAAGGAAGCAGCACAACCAAGCAUGCACACACACUCGCACACACACUGGGUUGGAGAGGGGAGAAGCUUAGCAGAUAUUUUGUCUUCCACUGAACCUGUUUAGAGGGCAACUAAUUUCACUAAAGGAUUGCCUUUUCUGAAGAGAUUUUAUUGAGUGCUUUCUUUUGUUUGCCCAUUUAAUGACUUAAAAGCAUUUGAAUAAAAUUGAUGCUCAUGAAUUCAUUUUGUGAUGUGUGGGGCAUAUUUUCCUACCUGUGACCUUAAAUAAGGGAUGAGUUUAUGUUAACUACAGCUGCCAGUUUGUUUUUGUCACCCCCCACCCCACCCCCACUGAAACAGCCAGUUUUCUUGAACCUUUUUUGGAACAGAUAUUUUUCUUUUAAGGUGAAAAACACUGAGAGUCGCAGACUAGACAGUUGGGACUAAUUAUAUAAAAUAAGUAGACAUAGCCAACAUCUUAUUUUACUCUCACAUUUCUGGCAGUACUGAAUUAUUUGCCUUUAAUGCCAAAGUCAUUUAAUAUUUAAGCCAAUUUUUACCUGCUUUCAGAUAAAGCAGCUAGGUGUGUACAUGCACAGUAUAAUGCUAUAAAGCAGCCAUGUAAAAGUGUUACAUUUUCUUCCCUUUUAGGUCUAGAAGGUGUGACCUACAUUAGCUAGCUAAAUCCCAUGAUAUUGUUUUCUUUUGUGCUGCUGCACCUGACUGCAGCAGUUUUUCCUCUUUGACGCUCUGUGCAGUGGGGCCGCACCUAUCUUGGUAUUCAGCAUAUGCUUUCUUAUGCUUUCUUUGAAAUAGUGGAAAGUCCAGCUGCACUAGGGUCCAGCUGCUCACUAUUGUGUGUUGUUUCAUAGGUCUGCUUUGGUUAUUUUAUGGCUGCAAUUAGCUUAAAAAAUUAUGGCAUUUAGUGCUGUGGAUCUAAAGUCAGGAUAAAAGUAGUGAUAAUAAAUAAAUUCUUUGAGGGUAAUAUUAUUCUUUUCAGGGGGUUUUAAAGCAUUCUCAGCAGCACUCUCUCAAAUUAAUGUCAUUUUAAAAAGCAGUUCAAGAUGGUGUAGCUGGAAAAUAAAUGGUAAAGUUAGGUAUUCACCUUUAAAGAUGCAUACCUAACAGUCCUCUGAUAGUGUUAAUAAUUGUCAAUUCUAUACCACAUGGUAACCACAUAGUACAGAACUGUAAGGUGUGUACUAUUACGAGAAUGUUCCUUGUUCAGUAUAUGAGAUGUUGGUCCCCUGAAGACAUGACACAUUGAAGAACUGCUUUCUUAGGAGUCCUGGGGGAACCCCACCCCCACUUUCUACAGGGAAGUGCAUCCCUCCAUUUGAAAGGGUGUGACCACCCAGGAACCAGAAGUAAUUUCCAUGAGGGAAAGGGUAUACUGGUAUUCAAUAUUUCUUCUGCCCACAACACUGAUUGCCACAUGUGGCCAGCUCAGGCUGUGCACAGCCCAUCGUUUUUUCCUCAUUUGACAGGUUGACUAGCAGGGGAUUGCAGUGCUGUGGAAGAACAUCUGAGAUCAAGAAAAUAAACUCUUGAGGUAUAAGAGCACUGAAUCCCUUUGUCAUCAUAGCUGGCAGUAAAUCUCACUGCUAGUAAUGAAUAUUGGCGUGAAAACAGUAGUACGCUUCCACAGGCAGUGAUGUGUGCCUGGUUGUAUGGGUGGGGCUCUGCCUAAACUCAGGCAUAACAGUUUCUGCGUGAUCCUUAGGGAUAAGCCAAAAUCUUGCAGAAUAAUAGUGUUGCUUGUUUGUACUUAGCUUGUACAUAAACUAAGAAAUCCACUACAACUUGUGCAGAUAUUCAUCUUGCAUGUUGUUGAAAAGCAGUCUGAUGAAAUGGGAAUGGCAGGAUGUCUGUCUUGUCUUUCAUACUGGUGCUCAUGAGCAGCAGCUGUAUUGUGCAUAUGUGGCUAUUUUCACUGUGUUCUCAGGGCGUUGCCAUCUUGAAUAUGGCUAUACAUGUAUAGUGAGAUUACCUAGACACCUGAAUUAGGAAGAUGGUGAGGUAGACUGAAUAAAAUAAGUUGUAGAUAAUAUAUUGGAACUGGCCAAUAUUUCAAAAGCUCAGUGGGCUUAGGUUAGGAAGUAAAGAUGUGAGACAGAUAAGAUACAGACUAUACAAAUAGUAUGUGUUUUGCUCAAAAUAGACUCUUAGGGAUCAAAAUUACAAUUGAUGCUAUGUUUAUUUUUUUAAGUCUUGCCAAAUAAAUUGACUAUACUAAAGACAAUAGAUGAAUCUUGGAUUGCAUGCAAAGAGCAUGCAGAUUCCGAUCUGGAAUACUUCACUAGUUUUUUUUACUCCUCAUCAAUAAAUUAGAUCUUCACUUUGGGAAGAAAAAUGGAGUCCUGAAGGUAAAGUGACUUUCUCAACUACAUCUGCAUCAACUACAUGCUUUUAUUUUUAGACCAGUCUUUUUUCCACUGGGCAUCUCCUAGCUCCACAGUAUAUUUUUGUUUAUAAAAAUAUGGUAUAUUGGGGAAUAUACCAUAUAUACCCAAUUGGUGAACCCACUGGAAAGUUGUUCAUGAAGCUGAGGUUUCUAACAGUAACCACACCACCAGGAUAAUGCAUACCUUGUACAGUAUGUAGAACACUAUUCACUUGCCCCUGCAAUUCCCAGAGAUUGUGAUUUUUGGAUUGCCUUGGUAAAAAAAGAGGGGACAUAACAACACUCUUUUGCAAGAGAGAGCUGCAUUGUUGUCAGUGCAUGACCUUUGUAAUGUUUCUUUCAGUAACAGGAAUAACAUUUAAACUCUGCCCUUCUUCCAAGCCAUGUGCCUUGUGGACUGUAAAUAUGUAAAGUAUUAUCUUCCUGGCUGAAACUAACCUGUUACUUUUCUGACCUGAGACUCAAAACAUGUACCCAAUUACUGUAUUUCUGAACAUCUUUUGGCCUGUGAAGUGUUGCAGAGGACCAGGAAUUGCAUGCAAGUGUUAAGCAAUUUGGAAGAAAAGUAAUGGCAAAGUGAUGGUUUUCAAGGAAGCAUACCUUUAUUACACACACCCAGAACAGUUUACAUAGGACUCCUUGAUUCAAUCAUUUUAACAGGCCAAAUCUGCUUAGUUGCAAUAGUAGAAUUCCAUUGUCUGCUGUGAGACCAUUCUCUAUAUAACUCUGCAUUGUAUAAAGAGUCUGUGUAAAAUUCCAUUUUCAUACUCCUGCCAAGUCAGGAAGCGGCUCUAAUAUAUGUAUGUUUUAUGCUAAUUUAACACACUUCAUUGGCCACAUACCCAAUACUUUGAAAUAUGAGUAUACAUCUGAGAGUCGCACCUAUGCCUAUAAAAGAUCCAGGAAAACAUCAUGUGGGAGACAAGAUGAACAAACUGUGGAGCUACUCCAGCAGUACUCUGUGUGCAUGUGCUGCCCAAAAUUGUAUAAGAUGGCUUUUUCCUCUUAGACCUUUGAAUAUGUAUGAAAGAAGUAGAGUAGAAAGAAUCUACUCCAGUCUUUCAAAAGUAAAAUGAGGAGGGGACUUAAGAUUUAGAUGAACGUUAUCUUUUUUAACAGAAAAAACUGUUCUUAUAACUUGGACUCCUGUUUGUUUUCUGUUUCCCUAUUGUUUUUUACAAAUGUCAAAUAUGAUGUUCCAAAAAUAUGAGAAUCAGGUAGGGAAGGCAUGGUCUAUCAUUUUAAAGCAGUCUGAAAGAUGAAAUAAAUCACAAGUAUAUGCAGUGCUAUUUUUCUAGACAAACAGGUGCCGGAACUCACCAGGAACACCUUCCCCUUUCUCUUAAAAUGGCAAUGGCACCCACCUGAGAGGUGUCAGAACUGAGUUCCGGUGAGUUACCCCUGGAAAAAAGCUCCAUAUCCACCCUUCUGCCACUACCACUACUGAACCCUAACACCAGUGUUCAAAACUUUAUCAGAAGAUAUGUUGCUUGAACCACACAAACACAGUGAAAUUGAUUUCCUGAGGAAUACUGCCCAUUGUGUUUUUUAAAGAAACCCAGUGAAUAGAAAUACUUUGUGGCUUGUCUGUUAAAGUUCUGGGUUCUCUUGAUGCUUUGGUUCCAUUUCAAAGGCAAAGGGGGUGUUGGGUUCAGGAGCUAAUAAGGACAGUAAGAGUAAUACUCAAUGGCUUGGCUUGGGGCCAAGAUACUUGAAAAUAUAGAGGACACAGGGUUAGCCAUAGCAUAUAUUUUCCCCCACAAGCGGGAAAUACAUAGGAAUUGGAAACUUGAUUUACAAUUGGUCCUUUAUGGUAGGGAUUUAAAAUCAGUUAUUUAUUUUAGAUCAAUCUGCCUUUCUACAGACCAUUGUUUUUGGUAGGGAGCAUGCUAGUAAUUGCACAUUUGUGCUGCCUACCAGGAACAUUUGACUGGAUUGAUCAAUAUAGAUUUUUAAAGUCACCAGGAAAAGGGUCAAUUUUAAAUCAAUGAGUUAAACCAAAUUUCCACUUUUCUAAUUCAUCUAUUAACAUGCAUCCUAACUGGUUGUUGUAGCAAUUAAAACAUCUUCAUACAACCUAUGAAUAUAAUCCAGAACCUCUGAUCAUGUAGCCUACAUGGCCUUUGUACAAAAGGACUUUAUGCAGAUUUGGAAUAGUUUUAAAAUUAGGAGUGCCUGGUACUCUUUCAUAUGCAAGGACACUUAGCAAGAUCACUUACACAAAGAUUAAGUAACCAGAAGUUUAUUGUUGUUAGCUACAUUUAUAUUCAACCUUUUCUACAAGAAGUAUAAGACAGCAUGCAUAGCUCCCACCUUCCAUUUUAUACUUACAACAGUCCUACAAGGUAGAGUAGUGACUGGUCUAAAAUCACUUCAUGGCCAAGUGAAGAUUUGAACCCAGUUAUCCCCAGCCUCAGUCCAACAUUCUAAACACUAUAUCACACUGUCCAUUUCAGUGGAAAAGGGAAAUGCUCUUUGGUUGACUUCUAAAUAUUCAUGGCUUCCUCAGUGAUAACUAGAAUAUAUAUUACAUGUGUCAUAUCUGUAAUAUGUGAUCUUGAAAGUUGCAUAUGUUUGCCUUUUGUUUCUAUUUUUAAUACAAUAUUCCUUCUACAAAGUCAAUUGCUUUAAACAUGUUUGAACUGAAUUUAGAUUUUGUUUUAAACCACAAAACAAACGUAACUAAUCUUUGGGAGAGAGAAAAAGUUGUUUCAGAGAAAAAAAAUGGUUUUUACUGAUCCAUCCUGUGGUGCAUAAUCCUCUCCAGAUUUUUAUAGACACCAGCUAUCAAGGAAUCUGGCAGAGGUGUUAGAAGUUUCAGUAUCAGUCUUGGGGCCAUUUCACAUAUCUACAAACGUGACCUCCAUUACAAAUCUAUGCAGUUAGUCUACAUAGAGUGAAUGUUUGCCUGUGAAUUACUACAAGGAUAAAUAGAUUUUAUUCAUAGUAGAGCAUCAGUGCAGUUUGUCCCAUUCAUGGUAGUGAUUUAUGCUUGUGAAACAUGAAGGGAUGAAUUGUGCUACCAUUCUACCUGUGUACAUUCAAUCUCAACUAAAAGAAACCCGUGCAUUAGUAUUCCAUGUGCACCCUUCUUUUCUCAUAAAGUCAGUGUUGUUUUGUGCAAGGAUUUUUGGAUGGCAGGGGGGAAAUGGGAGUUCAUGGUGGCUUGCAUCUUUUUAAAAUCAAGCCAUCUGCCUUCCUGAUCUUGCUUUUGAAGUCAGACAGUACUAAUGUCUCUUCCUGUAGAAACUUGCAGAGGAGUAGCCAAAUGAGUCUGUGCUCUUAAUAGUUCAUGGCAGUGUAUGCUGUAAUAACUUUUUAAUCUUAAAGGUGGUAGAUAACUCUUUGCUGUUUAUCCUUUUGGUAGAAAACAUCUGGUGUGUAGGGUAACAUUUAUGUGAGAAUGAACAAGCAAUGAAGUUUCCUGUAGCAACAGAGAGGCAUCUUCAUUUAACAGGAUGCUCAAAGGAGGUAACAGAGAAGGCCUGGGAUCUGUGCCAGAAUUUCCAAAGAGAAUCCAAGAUGCACUUAGAUUCUUAGUGCUUUUGUUGUGACUCCAUGAAUGUGAUUUCUCUCAUCUGUAUCUUGCAGAUAAAAUUUGCCUCAGGCCAACAGUGGCUAAUGAUGCAGCCUGAAACAGGGUUGGCAGGAAGACAUGGCUGGGUGUGGGGAAACAGAAAUGAGCUUUGGCAGGAUGAACAGUGUGUUUAUUGUAAUAGUCGGGGAGAUCUUGGUAAGCAUGCAAAAGCCCUUGAAUUAGUCAGGCCCGUUUCCUGAUAAGCGCUUCAGUUUCCUCUUUAGUUCCUCUUGCAUACGAACAAAUCCAGAACUUUCUGUGCCAGAAUAGACAUGAUGUCAUUGAAUGUGCCAUCCCCCACCCUUUUCUGCCUACCAACUAAUGGAGUUGGUGCUGGCCUUCCUCUUUCUUAUUUUACUGCUACUAGGGCUCAGCACAAAUGAUGAUAAAUGCAAAACUUAAAUAUCAAUGAAACAACCACUAAGGCCAUUACAUUCCUGUAUACCUUCGCUACAGCAACAGUAGAAGAAGAAGAAGAAGAGUUUGGAUUUGAUAUCCCGCCGUUCACUCCCCUUCAGGAGUCUCAAAGCGGCUAACAUUCUCCUUUCCCUUCCUCCCCCACAACAAACACUCUGUGAGGUGAGUGGAGCUGAGAGACUUCAAAGAAGUGUGACUGGCCCAAGGUCACCCAGCAGCUGCAUGUGGAGGAGCGGAGACGCGAACCCGGUUCCCCAGAUUACGAGACUACCGCUCUUAACCACUACACCACACUGGCUCUCGCCAGUAGACCAAAAAUAAACUUCUAACUGUGCUGUGCCUCCUCCUUUAUUCAGAUGCAUUAGCAUCAGUUACCUCUGCCCUUUAAGAAUUCAGAAGGGGGGAAAUGUACUUCAGUCAAAAAAGUUAAGUAACUUGCAUUCAGCAGUGAGUUAGGACAAGGUGGCAAUAAGGGAGGUGCACAUAGACCUUUUGUUCCUCUUAAGGUUUUUUUGGGCUGCAAGCAUGCAGACAGGGGAAGGCUGUAUUGAGCCCUGUCAGAACCAUCCCUCUGUGGGUGCUGGUACGAGCAGAUUGUUCACUUCUUAUUUUCUCCACAUCACAUAAUUUUUUUUAUUUGGAGAUCACAUUUUAGAGCACGGGUCUGAAACUAGAAGAUAAAGAUUUUUUUAAAAGAGCAUUGCAGAUCUAGUACUGUACUGUAUUAAAACAAACACAGAUUGUGCUACAAUGUAAUUUGCACACACUUGAUACAUUCUGCUUAUGAAAUCCUGACCUGACCUUCAACACUUUCCCACCAGCCCUUUAGUAUAGGCAAUGUUAUUUUGCCACACCUCCUAAUUAUUCUGUUUGCUUCACAAUUUUGGGAAACUUGGUGUCUAGAACUGAAAUUGAUCAGCCUAGGUGAGAUUUUUGUCAAGAGCUUGCUUGUUAUUUUGUGCUGAGGAAAUCACCAGAUUGUCAUUAUACAGUGGUACCUCAGGUUACAUAUGCUUCAGGUUACAGACUCCUCUAACCCAGAAAUAGUGCUUCAGGUUAAGAACUUUGCUUCAGAAUGAGAACAGAAAUCGUGCUCCGGUGGUGCGGCAGCAGCAGGAGGCCCCAUUAGAUAAAGUGGUGCUUCAGGUUAAGAACGGACCUCUGGAACGAAUUAAGUACUUAACCCAAGGUACCACUGUAUUUGUGUUAUGUGUACUAUUAGAAUGCAGAAGUCUUAGGGUAAUCUAAGAAACAAGCUGAAAUUGUAUUACAACAUGUGAAUAAAACUUGGGGUCCUUUUAUGGGAGACCAUCUGGAUGAUACAUAUGUACCCCUGUCUCUUUCAGAUGUGUUGGGCAUUUGAAAAAUGUUUGUAGCAGGUCUUCCAAUAAACUUUUAAUUUGGGAGCAAAGCAUAACAGCACACCAUAAAAUCAGUAAAAUCACAGGUUGUGUACAAGUGAGAAAGAUGAUGUUUAAGAACAGAGAAUUGUAUUUUUUGUCUCAUUGCACCUCAGGAAUGUUGCUUAUUUGAAUUUUCACCUGUCCAGGAAGGCCAACUUUAUUAUAGAAGUAGAUGCCAUGAAGAAUGAAGCGGUGGAGGGGGGGCACUGUUGUUGCCAUAAGUUCCCUUCUAAUAUCUACAAGCCUUGGGUUAUUUGGAAGACAGGUGGUGCUGUGGUCUAAACCACUAAGCCUCUUGGGCUUGCCGAUCAGAAGGUUGGCGGUAUGAAUCCCCAUAAUGGGGUGAGCUCCCGUUGCUCUGUCCUAGCUUUUGCCAACCUAGCAGUUCAAAAGCACACCACUGCAAGUAGAUAAAUAGGUACUGCUGUAGCAGUAAACAGCAUUUCCAAGCACUCUGGCUUCUGUUCUGUUGCACCAGAAGCAGUUUAGUUAUGCUGGCCACAUUACCUGGAAAGCUGUCUGUGGACAAACGCUGGCUCCCUUGGCCUGAAGCAAGAUGAGCGCCACACGCCUUUGACUGGACUUAACCGUCCAAGGUCAUUUAUCUAUUUGGAAGACUAGCAAUCCUUAACUAGCAAUCUGUAUUGUAAUGUCUAUUCACUUAACUGAUAUGCUUGGACUGUACUCUGAAUAACCAUGGAACCCAUAACAGUAGGGAUUCAAGGUUGCAGAGAGUAAAGAAACUAACCAAAUGUUUAUGUGUAGGUUAUUGUAACAGCUAUGAAAACAAAGCCUGCCCUUUUUGUGUGAACGGAAAUAACUAUUCCUGGUUCACGAGUCAUGUGUGUCAGCAUGGCGCAGCAGAAGAAAGGACCACGGAGGAGCAAAGCAUCUGCAAGCUCCCUCUCUGGAAGCCCACUCAUUUGUGCUAAGCUAAGUGUGACGUGUGGAAGAGGUGAAUGCAUUUCAGAAAAGGACUCUGUGUAUCCAAGGGAGUAUUUCUUGCAUUAUUUCCCCCUGAUUUUUAUUACGAUGUGUGCAUGAGGUCUUGCUUUGGAUCUCAUUGGGAAGUAAGAUUGGUCUGUGUAUGGGGUAGGUAUGGAACAGGGUUUCCCCAGACUUGGAUUUCCAGCAGUUUUGGACUACAACACCCAUCAUGCCUAGCUAGCAGGACCAGUGGUCAUGGAUGGUAGGAACUGUAGUAUAAAAACAGCUGGAGACCCAAUUUUGGGUUGUUGUUGGAAACCUUGGGGGGUGACUUCACCUUGGGGGGUGAAGUCAAACUGCUGGAACAUUGCAGCACCUGCUGUGGCUGUAGAGACUGAUAUGGGAGAGACAAAUUUUGUUGCAGCUGGGGUUUCUUUGUAAAUAGUGUUUUAUACUUUUAUUAUUACAUUGGUUUGGCACUGGUAUACAUUAUGAUUUUUUUACUUUUUUGCAUAUAUAUUCAAACUUGUUUUUUCACAACUGGUGCUUUUAUUUUCCCCUCCUCCCCAUUAGUGUUUACUUUUCUCUAGAGCCAGUGACCAUCUCAUUGGGUUGUUCAUGAAGGGGAGGUUUAUUCACUUUGGGUUCCCUCCCCUAAAUAUUCAUUUCCACUGCUGCAAACCUUACAGUUCCCUCAAGCUGGUACCCAAAUAGCUAAAACGGAAACAAUCAUUCAACGUUCUUGAAGCAUUUUUAGGAAGCUCAUUUUUACAGUGAACUGACCUUUCUACAACAUAAAAACAUUGCCUUUCAUCCAAAAUGUCUUAAGGCUGCAGAGUGUGCACGGAGCUUCUCCCAAGGAGGGGCUGCCCCAAUUACGGUGUUGGAAUGUGUGCAGUGCAUGCAUGGCAUGUAACUGAAUCCUUGGCCUGUACAGAGCUGGAUGGGCACAUUAGUCUGGGGGUCGGGUUUAUUUGAUUUUGUUGUCUCCGAUGACAAAAAGAGAGAGAAAAGAUAGUGAAAAGGAAGACGAGUACUUGCCGAAGUAACAAAAAUUGUGGUGUUUUUUAUUUUUUGUAAAUUGCCUUAGAAUUUGAGGCAAGGACAUUUUAGUCAAAAAAUAUUUUGAGUCAGGAAUGCAGAAAUCAAACAUUGUCUGGGUUUCCAGUUGAAUGUUGCUUUUAGGCUACCCACAGGCAGCUUCUUGGCCAUUGUGAGAACAGGAUGCUGGGCUAGAUGGACCAUUGGCCUGAUCCAUGAGACACAGUGACAUGGUAACAUCCAAAGGAAUAACUUUCAUAAAUACAUUAAAAAAAACUGGUGCAGUGAAAGAGCCCCCCCCCCCCACUGGUGUAAACAGUGGGGAUACAAAACUGCCUUAGUUUAACCACCAGGGACCAAUUAACUCUUUCUGGAGUCCUUGGGAGUAAUUGGUUCUGGCAUGUACCAGCUUGCUGCUUGUGGCCCAGUACUGUGGAUUAUGUUGGUUAUUCUAUGAUGGUCAACCUUUUCAGGCCCAGGACCCACCUUUAGCCCAUUUGUGUACCCUCUCUAAUUUUUUUAACUUAAAUGGUGCUGGUAUUUUGACUUGCCUUAGGUCUGGCUGUGACCCAGUAAUAGAUCCCCAUCCACCAGUUGAAGAUCUAUGGCAGGCAUGGCCAAACUUGGCCCUCCAGAUGUUUGGGACUAAAAUUCCCAUCAUCCCUGACCACUGGUCCUGUUAGCUAGGGAUGAUGGGAGUUGUAGUCCCAAAACAUCUGGAGGGCCACGUUUGGCCAUGCCUGGUCUAUAGGAAGUUGGUAAGUCUUUCCUUUGGUCCAAGUGUUGAACUAAAUCUUUUGCACCUUCCAAUGCAGAUGAUUUUAAUGUUGUGAGCCCCCCCCCAAAUGUAAUGUUGAUAUGAUGGUGUUCAAAAUUAGCUUCUACACUGAAUGCUGUUAAAAAAGAACUCUCAGAACUGUUCAGUAGUAACAAUAUCAAUAGCAUCCAGGUGAAACUGCCGCUUGUUCAUGGACAGCAGUGGGAUUGCAUCAGCUAGCCAGCUCUAGGGAAAUGGGCAGAUAAUUUGUAACUUAUGCCAAACAGAGAUGGAAUUGAUUAAAGAUUGGGCCUACUUUAACUAAGCACAGUUCAUUGGCUUUGUGUUACUCUUUCCAUGGACACCCUGUGUUAUAAAAAGGAGAUGCAAACAUAUGCAUAACAUCUGUCAAAUAAAAAUCUUUUCUUUCUCUUCACAGAGCGACCGUCUUCUCAUUAAGGGAGGGAGGAUAGUCAAUGAUGAUCAGUCAUUCUAUGCUGACAUUUACAUGGAGGAUGGUCUUAUAAAGUAGGUAUACAGUUCCCACAGCCCACUCUUUGUUUUCCUAGUGGUCAGAAUAUAUCUAUCUCUUGAAGAGAGGAACGGGAUUUCAAAAAUUGUUAUGUGCAAGUUUAUAUUGCAUGUAUACUGUCUUGUUAUUCAUGUCAAAUAGUCUGUGAUUAAGUCAUUUACAGCACAUGGCUUUCUAUAUCAGUGCAUUUAAACUGUCAUAGUAUUUGGAGACCCUUUGCUAAAGAGAAGAGAUGACAAAUGUAAUUUAUGUUUGGUUUCUGGCUUGCCUACUGCAUCAUAAAAAUGACUGUUACAUUUAUUGCAGUUAAAGAUGGUAAAGAUUUUCUUAAAAGAAGCUGUGUCUUUAAGAUUCUGAGAGGUUUUAGGCAAAAGUUGUUAUGGUUUCUGUUUUAUCUGGCUUCUGGUUAUGUUUAUGAAGUCAAAGUAAUGACUCCAGUGGUUAAAGGCUGAAAUUGUUCUAGUGUGUAAAUACAUGCAAUUAGGAUUAAAUCCCAGUGCAGUGAGGUUUGAGUUGUGGGAUAUUUUAUAGCCAAGGAUCUCAAAUGUUCUUUGCCAUUAAAGUAUAAAAGCAAAUAUCCAGAUUCUUCUGCAGGAAAUAUUUUUAAAAGCAGCAACAGGGGGAAUCAAAUAAUAUUUAAGAGGAGGAAAUUGUCCAAGUGUUCAAACCCUGAGGGAAAAAGGCAAUUUAUUAACUGCUGGUUUGUUGCCAAAAAGAAAUUUGGAAAGAGUACCAUCUGUAAAAUAUUUAAAACUCACAAAUAAUUUUUCAAAUGUUGUGAGUUCAUUGAUACAGAGAUGUGGGGUGUUUGUGUUUAAAGGUUUCUUUUUUUAUACCCCAAAAAUGUAUCCCCAAAAGAUGUAUACAGGCAACGAGCAUUUUAUGCUUGUUCAGUAUGUGUGUAGCUGCACACAUGUGCAUCAUUGCAACCUGGAAGUGGCCGGAAAAGGGGGGUUGGAGAUGUAACAGGGCUCUGCUGAUGUGCACAGGUUAGGAACAUAACCCCCGUGCAAAAUGGCCAUUCUCUGUCGUAUCACAAGCUGCCAGAUUUGAUUUGAAUAACUAUUUGGUGUAAUCAACAUUUUGAUGAAUGCAAGAGUUGGAAUUGCUUCAGUUAAAACUGAACCAGUGUUCUUUGUGUACACAAGGUUGUGUGGGCUUGUAGGCCCCCCCCCCCCGCUUUAAAAAAAGACAUUCUGCAAUUUGGGCACUUUGGCUUAGAGAAGUGAGUAUUAGUGGUAUAAAACUUACUCAUAUGUAAGCACAAAGAGCAUGGAAUUGUGCACGUAUUCAGAAGGGCUAAUAGAAGACAUUUUGGAGCAUAUAUUUAUACUUGUAUUCCACUUGUCUUUCCAUUAUGUAUAACAGGAUGCCCAAAGCAGAUUAAAAUCAACAUAAUUUUCAAAAAAUAUCAAAAUUGAAAACAAAAAGCAAACAGCAGUUAAGAAGAAAGGAAAUUACAAAAAGCUUCAGCUCAAAAUUCAGACAAAUUAUAAGCUUGAAUAAAAUUGUCUUUACCUGGCAUCUAAAUGCCACCAGAGAGGAAUCAGCCAGGUUCCCUGGGGCAAGGUCCUCCAGAGUCUUGGCACCACUAGAGGAGGUAAUGUUAGAGGAGAGGUAGCUGUAGGGGGGUGGUCGCACUGUGCACGUAACUUUUGGGGCGCAGGAGCAAGCUCCACCACUAUUGCUCCAAGGUAGAGUGGGAGGUGGGUGGCUAGAUUUUGGCAUUGCACAGGGUGCCACUGAAAUUUGAGACACCGAGGUCCACCAGCGGUUAGAGGGGGUUUGGAUGUGGUAGAGAUGUCUUUGCUGGUGAGGAUGAGGCCCCCACUGUGCCUGCUGAAAGCACAGUGGAGUGCAUUCAACUGCCUAACGUGUUUCUACCAGCAUUUACUGUUGUAAGACCCUGAAACAGAACACUGUACACAAGCUGGGAUAGGGUUGGUGAUGGAUCUGCUGGAUCCAAAGCAGGCCUGUUUCGUGGAGCUAGCAAAACAAAGUGCAAAAUUACAGUCCUUCGGCUUCUACCCUGGCCAGCAGGGCUGUGGAUGUGGCAGUGAAUGCAUUGGUUCACUACCACCCCAGCUGCAACGUGGAUUGCUGUGUAAGUUCUUCAGGUCAGGGGAAGAUGAGAUUCAAGCAAGAAGAUAGUAUUUCUUGUACUGCUAUAGCACAAUGAACGUGCUGUUUAAAAUUCUGCACAGAAUGCACAAGGCUAUGUCAGUGGAUGUCCAAAUACAUAGCGAACUCAUUGUCAACUCCCAGGGAAAGGUUUUUGUUUGUUUUAUAGAACUUUUUGAUGGUGGUGGAAUUGCAAAACUCUGGCAAAACUUAAGAACAGUUCAGCAGCUGUGUCCAUUAUAUUUGGGAGUUUUCAUUUUUUGCAACAAGUAAUUCUAACUUUUAGACCUUAAGGACUUGAGAAUUGUUUUUGCAUAUGGAGACAGGGCUUUUAAAAAUAUUUUUUAAAAGCUUUCUUUUUACCUCCUAUUUAUUUACAACAAAAUACAAGUUUGUUUAUUUUUAACAUCCAGACAAAAUUCUCAUGGAAUUAAUCGGUUGCAAAUUGUACAAUUGGUGCUUUAAUUUUUGUGGUAGUAAAUAGAGGUGGGAGCUUGAUCUUUUUUCAGUUAUUUUUUAUGUUUAUUUUGGAGCAACCUGAUCUCAUUAUACCUUUUAAUGGUGUGAAUGAAGAGUGAUUGCAUCCAGUAAAGCUGAUGUUGCAGUAAGUUCAGGACUGACAAAAGGAAAUGCUUCUUCACACAUUUAACUUUUGGAAUUCACUGCCAUAAUAUUUGCUUCAAUGCUUCUUGCUUACAGCCACUGCAGUGCUGUAAGCUUGGAUGAGGGAAACUGAGGUUUAGAUCCCUGCUCAGCUGUGAAGCUUACUGGGUGAACCUGGGCACCUUUCAUUCUGUUGGAUGAUUGUGGGCACCCUGAGCUCCUUGAAGAUACAAUAUAUAAAUGCAACGAAUUAUCCUAAUUCAUGAAGGUUGGUCUGUGAACAGCUGUGGAUAGCCAUGCUAGCUGCCCUAAAUGACUCCAUGUUUAGAGGCAGUAUGCUUCUCAAUUUUGAAUCCAGGGGAUAAGCAGAGGUUGGCCAUCACAAAAAGGAAAUAAAUCCCAACAAUCUGAAGUCUUGAUAAAAAGAUUGGGUUCAAAAAAUAGUUGCAAACUAAUGUAAACACACGCAGAGAGAGAAACAGAGAGAGAGAAGGGCAGGAUUCACCUAACAAGCCUCUUCAGCAGAAGCACAAGGACUCCUGCUUGCACAAUGGGACUUCCCCCCCCUUCCCUGUGUACCCAUCAAAAUUGGCUCAAAUCAGUCAGGAGAUCCCCCAGAACAGCAGAAAGAGGAGAGGGGGGUUGUUCUAUCUGGCAAGCUGAAAUGCUUACACAGAUGGAAUAGAACAGUGUUGAAUUCCACCAAAUAUAAUUUAAUGGAAUCUAAUGACAAUUAAAAACAAACAAUGCUAUUUAUAACCAAAGCAAAAGCAUACAAAUGCAAACAUUGUAUAUUAGCAAAAUAACUGAACAGAUGUAGCUCAUAAGAUAUCACAGAUCGCUGGAAUGUCAAGAAACAAAACAAAUAAAACUUGCAAACUAUCCCAAGACUCAAAGAUAUUUUGAUAUUGGUCUUCCUCACUGGUCUUUACUAUGUGUAUGAAAACUGCUUGGUGGAAAAAGUAACUGUAACUCAACAAACACAAAGCCAAAUGUACAAAUUAAGAAAGUAACACCACCUGCUGAUACAAAAUAUAAUAAUAAAUAUUAUUAUUUAUUCAAAACAAUGCAUUUACAAACUCAGAAGCUGCCUUCCUAAAUGGAGCCUUAAAAGAGCAGAAAACAUAUCAAGUUACAAUAAACUAUACAGUGAAGAAAAACAAUAUAUUGUUAAUAUAAAUUCCAUCUUUCAAAUGAUACUUACAAAUACAAAUAUCUUUUAAAAACUAAUGUUAGAACUGCUUCAUAAAUGUCAUAACUUUCUACAUGAAUAUAAUUUCCAUGUAGGAAAUUGAUUGCAUGUACCUCACGGUAUGUGAUACACACCAUGUCUGUUUCUCCAUCAUGAGAAGCUUUAGCUUGUUCUGUGAUAUAUACAUAUGAUGAAACAAAAACAUUUGCUAAGUGUGAUAGGGUAUAUAUAGGGUACAUGAAAUUUCCCACAUGAAAAUGAUGUAAAUUGUCCAAUUACAUACAUCUAGCUUCCCUUUCCAACAUUUUGGUCCAUAUGUCUUACAAUGACACCGUAUACCAAAAAUAUCAUUAAUAUUGAAAUUCACACACAGUGAAAAUCCAAUCCAUAAUCAUAAAGACACUAGUCUUUUGAUUACCAGAAAAUAUUUCACGGCUUUGUAUAAGUCCAGCAGAUGCCCAUAUUGUUGGUGCCUGAAUCUCUGAAGCCUUGGGAGAAGUACAUUCUUCUCUGAGAAGGGUGUUCAUGGGUGAAAUGACCCGUAGUCAAGCUGAAGCUUGGCUUGUAAACCUUGGGAAUUGCUCCCCCUAGUUUUUAAAACAGGAGGCUACUAUACUCCAUACCAAAUGGAGAAUAUUUUGCUUAAUGUAACUAAUCAAAAUUAACUGUAAAAAGACAGACAAACCAGCAGUAACAGGCUUCUUUCUAGUUAGUAGGAGCAGAAAUGCGGGACACUCACUGCAGCAGCCUGUCUGGAAAUCUGGGUCUCUGCCAAACAGCUGCACAAGUGGCAGGCACAAUUUGACAUUUCAGGGGUACUGCUAAACUCAUUCACUUGCUGCCCUUCCUUGUGGUAUGACAAAUGGAGGAAGGGCUGAGUAUCCUCUUCUUGCCCACAAGUGCCAGUCACAUAGUCUUCCUACCUCUUUGCAGCUGUUAGGUAGAGUCCUGGUUUUCCAUUUUUGGGUUUCUAUCAAUGUGUGGUGGUUCUGGCAUUAGUAUAAUAAUAUAUUGAGUUCAGGUAUUUGGCUUCUUAAAUAUGUACUCUUCUAAUAGGCAGGUCAAAUAAAGAAAUGUUUGAUGAAAUUCACUCAAAUCCUAACUCUUUUGCAAAAGGAGUAUAAAAAACAUAUAUUUGCUCCAUUAUUGUAAUACUUUACUUUACAGCCUAAAGUAACUAAAAUGUAUAAGAGAAAUCUGUACUAAAUAUGCUGGUUUGCUGAUCAGUUAUGGUGGAUGAAAGAACUGUCUUAUUGUGGAAUAAAUUGUAUUCGACAUUUGUCAUUGUAAACGUGUUUAUCAGACUGGUUUGUUAUUAUUUAAUCAGGCAAAUUGGAGACAACUUGAUAGUCCCUGGCGGAGUGAAGACCAUAGAAGCCAAUGGAAGGAUGGUUAUCCCUGGAGGGAUUGAUGUCAACACUCAUUUGCAGAUGCCAUACAAGGGGAUGACAGCAGUGGAUGACUUUUUCCAAGGGACAAAAGCAGCCUUGGCGGGUGGGACCACCAUGAUCAGUAAGUACAAGGGUGGAGGGGGGCUCUCUUUGUGACUUCCUCGACAGUUUGUGGGUCUUCUAAACAUUACCUUCAUUUUUUAUUAUUACAAAACUUGUUUCUCGUGCAUAAUAUGGUGCUAGGUAUAGAUAUAAUGUUGGUUAUAUUUAAGAUAGGGUGAACGUUUUACAAGUGGAAAGUACAGUUCAUUGAGUGUCCUUCUACAUGCUCCCAUCAGUCCCAGCCAGAGUUGUGGUCCAUUACCAUCUACCACAUCAGUCAUCCUUGCUGUAGAACAUAUUGAGGGCUGCCUCAGAAGCUCAAUAAUUGCCAUUAUUGGUUCAUAGUUGUUUAUUUCUGUAGUAUUUAAAAUGUUUAAAAAUGCUUGAAAACUGCUCUACUCAUUGCAGCUCCAUUGGUCAUCAGAUGUAAUGGGUGAUGCAUAUUUAUUUUUGUUUUUCCUCCAUGGAAAUAAUUUGGAGCUAGAAAGUGUGUAGUUAUGGCAAAUGAACUUCAGUAGACUCCAAAGCGAGAUGAAGUUUGUGUUACAGCUUCCAUGGAAAAAUCAGACUUUCUGGAAAAACUUACUGAAGUGUAAGGAUUUAUGCAAUAACCCAACUUAGCUUCAUUAUACUGUGAGAUUUUUGUUGAAGGUCUUGUUUGCUAAAAUAUCAAGAUUUAAUCUUUUAUUCAAUGGCAUUUCAGCAGUUUAACAAAGAAUAAACGUCCACAAAAUUGUGAUUUAAAAAUAAUAAUAGUAGAGCAUGCCUCAGAAGACAAAUCAAUCUCCCAGCAUGCCUAGGAAGUAAACUAAAAUGGGAGAGCAAUUCUUGCUUCUUGUUUUCAGAAUGUUCUGGUUCAUAGCUUGAUGGUUCUGCAGGGUUUUUUUGGCUUAUUGAGUCAUAGGACAAGUUGCAAGUGUGACUGCAGUUGGUUGAAAAUGUUUUACUUCCUGCUCCUUCAUUUUUGUGUUGAAAGAACUGCAGUAUCUGCCGCAGUGUCUGUUGCAUGUAAUGACUGCAGUAGAAAUUGAGGAUUACGUCAGGGGCAAUAAAAAGGUAAAUUAAGCUGCAUGUUAGGAAGAAACUUUCUUCUUUUUUUAAUGAGUCGUAGUGAGGGAAAGAGAUGAGGCAACCUGCUGCUACUUCCCGCUCACUUCUUAGCAAAAGCCUGCUAAAAGCACCUGGUAUAAUGCCAGGAACUAUUAAUCCAAAGCACAGUGCCCUAUUUUUUCAUUCUUCCUUCUGGUAAGUGCACUCUAGACAUAUCUGAGAAAUUACAAGCAGUAAGAUGAGACAUGCUCUCUUGGUUCACUUGCUUAUACCCAAAUUGUCAAACAUGGUAGAGGUUCCUGCGUUGAGAAUGCCUGGACAAUGACUGCUCUUUAUAGUUCUAAAAUAUUCCUAUCUCUGAAGUAUCUUCUCUGUUUCUUCUUUACCCUGAUUCCUUGCUAUUAACUUUGUUGCCUAAGUAGUCCUCUAUAUCCAUUUACACUGUGCUCCAUCACAAAAAUAAAUAUUGAAAUAAUGCUGCAUCUGUUCUUUUGGUGGUGAAAACGUUGCCCCAAACAGCAUAGUGACUGAGACUUCGAAAAACUGUUUAGCUGGUUUCUGUGGUACAUUGUGUCUUGUAGAAUGCUGGGAAACAGCAUAUUUUUUGAAGGAUCCAUGAAGUUGGCUAUUAGGAGUUCAGGAGUCUUUGGGCUACAGAAGACAUACUGUAUUUACUCGAGUCUAAUGCACCAUCAAAUCUAAUGCGCACCUCAGUUUUCGGAACCUUGAAAACUAAAAAAGGAUUUGCUGGUGAAUGUAAAUGUGCUAUCAAAUCUAAUGCCCACCUUAAUUUUCGCAACGUAAUUUGGCCAAAAAAGGGGGAACAUUAGAUCAGAGUAAAUACGGUAAUUGUUUCGCGGGAAAUCUCCAGACAGAAGGGAAAAGCAUAAGAUCUUCAUUCUUUACUACAACUUGCUGCCUUUGUUCACAGUUGAUCAUGUUGUUCCUGAGCCCGAGUCCAGCCUCAUAGAAGCAUAUGAGAAGUGGCGAGAGUGGGGUGAUGGGAAGGCUUGCUGUGACUACUCCCUGAAUGUGGACAUCACCCACUGGAAUGACAGUGUCAAACAAGAAGUGCAAACACUCAUCAAAGAAAAAGGUUCGUCAAUGCCAGAGGCCAAUCCAUUGUCUUCCCACAUUCUAAUUGUAUGUUAGAAUAUAUAGUGCAUGAUUCUGUGCUGAGAUUUGUUGAGCCCAACCACAGUUUUCUUACUAUCUCCUUUGAGUGAUAUUAAUUGUUCCCCAGUUGUAUGAUAAGUAACUCUUGAUUCUACGUGAUAAUUAUCUUAGUGUAGAAAAUGGCUUACAAAUCAUAGUACUGAUGUUAUUUGGUAUUGCAAUACCAAUACAUCAACUGGUUCAAUCUCUUUUUGCAUGCUUUCUUCCAGGCUACUAAAUCAGUGUGAUCCUGAAAGUGUCCUCUCAUAUUUGUUAGAUUUCUAUAAGCAGCACUCCGAAAGGUGGCCACAUGCCCAAUAAAUAUUUUCCCUUUUCUUAAGCUUUUGACUACAUUUAAGAUUCAACAGAGCUUUAGCUAGAUAACUUCAAUGUUUCAGAGAAUCAACUAACAGGACAAUAAACAGAAAAUUUCCCUUUGCUGCUGGCUCUUGCCAAAGAUUCCCAUUCCAUUAUGUGUGAGUAAUUCCUCACAUGACUAGUGGAGUACCGAUUUAGAAUGACGUGAAGUAGAGAAUAAAAUCUUAUUUGCCAACUUUUCUUCUUGUAUAAUCUUUUGCUUUAGGUGUUAACUCUUUCAUGGUUUACAUGGCCUAUAAGGAUUUGUACCAGAUGUCAAAUACAGAGGUAAGAACUAAGCUGUUCAACUGUGCUGUAUGCAUUGCUUAUCAGCCUUUUUAAAGGGUUAAUACUGUGUUUUAAUUUGUGAUUUUGAGCCUUCUUGGUGGCCUCGUGUAGGACUAAAUGCCAGGACAGAAAUUAUCUUGCUAGUAAAAAUGUCCAUCAAUGAUUUGUGACAACUACAAUCUAAUACAAAUACUGCUCCUCCCCAUUUUUUUUAUGAGGGCUACACAGUGCCUCACAAGACAUCUGAUUAAGAGGCAACAACACAUGUGAGUGCAGCUAGGAUUUAUAUGCUUCAGCCAGUAGUCCUUUAGUGUGGACAUCUAGUUCCUUCUCCUGAGCUCUCACUAUUUUUCUUCCCUUAUUCUUAAGUGGUAGUUCACUGAAUUGGUAGCCCUUUCAAAGUCCAGUGCUAAUAACAAUAAAUAAAGAAAUAAAAUCUCUGCUAAUCAACAUGCAGAUGUUGAGCCACAUGUUUUCUAAUGUUGGCUUUCUUGCUAAUUUCUCUUUUUCAGUUGUAUGAGAUAUUUAGUUUCUUGGGAGAUCUUGGCGCAGUAGCUCAAGUUCAUGCUGAAAAUGGAGAUAUCGUUGCACAGGUGAUGUUGUUCUAUCUUCUCUUUGACCAAAGCACAUAUUGUAAGCAGAAAUAAUGUAUGUAUACUAGUGUAAAACAUGACAUAUUGUACAAAUGUAUUCUGAGAGAGCCAGGUGGGUCCUUAGAUCCCAAUCAAGUAGAGAUUGUAAAUGCCUGAAUUAAGUUUCUGUCCUUCAACUGGAAAUUCUAACCAGUUAAGUAGGAUUAUGUUGUCUGAAUACUGUAUAGUUUGUCUUCUGUCUUCUGAUUAAUCAGCAGAACUGGUAAUGUACCAAAAUUCUGAGACUUACAGUCAUUGUGGGCAAGCAUAUUAUCCAGAUGUACCUGGGUUUUGCAGAUAUUUAUCAGUGGCUUUAAAUCUUGAUUUCAGCACUAUAGUUCUACUAUAGUGUUUUGUUCCAAAAAUUGUUUUGUAAAUGCUAGCUUAUGUAAAAGCUUGAUAAGUUUUUUAAAAAACUAUAAUAAGCUGACAGCCAAGGCUAUAUAACAUUUAACUACAGUCAUUCCUGUAUUAGGAUAGGUUAACCACAGUAAUCCAAGCUCUGGUAACCACACAUUUAGACUUUGCUCUAUGCAACAUAUUCAGAUGACUGUAAUGUACUCAGAUUUACUCCUUAAUAACAAUUCUUAAAUCUGUUUCUUAACUUCAUUCUGUUUAUAUUCUUUAGGAGCAAGCUAGGAUGCUGGAGAUGGGAAUAACUGGCCCAGAGGGCCAUGUACUUAGUAGGCCAGAAGAGGUAAGGUGUCACUGAUGAAUCAACAAAACCCUUCGGACAGAUUGUUGCUGCUGCACACUCAAUUUUGCAGUAGAUGGUUUAAGUUCCCAGUGCUAACAUGAACCAGUGCAGUUCCAAAAGCAACCCACAAGUCCUGCCUGGGCGAACUGGGCAUUCCGUAGCACAUUCCUGCAGCUUUGCUUUUUAUAGUCUUGAGAAACAAGACAGUGAAAAUUAGGGUAAUUAAAAGCACUCUCUAGCGGUGCAUCUGCAUUGUAAAAUAAUUGUCUAGAAAUUUACCAGUAUCUCAUUUCUGCUUACAGCUAAUAUUAGCAUCCAGGUUCUUUAUUAUUUGGCCUGUUAAUCCACAUUUUAGUUUAAGGCUGAAUUUUAUACUAUCACUUGUGGUAAUGAGGGUUGUUUUUUUGACAGAAUAAACACCCUUCAUACAUUCCUAGCACUAUAGUCAGGGCUGGCCAUGGUAGUUUUGCAGCACUAAGAGCAAAGGAAAUUACUAUGUUUAAAUAGGUAUAACUUUAUACCCAUAGGGAGCAGGAAUGGUAGGAGCAUUACAUUUGCACAUAAUACUUUCAUUACUAUAAUUGUCCUAAAAUAGGAAGGUCAGUGUACGUUAAAUGCUAAGAUGCUUCUACAGCUGGCUUUGGAAUAAGGUAUCUUCCAUUCAUCUUGGUAGGGUGUAACACAUUUUCUCUGCUUACUAUAUUUUUGUGGUUGGUUUUGGGGAUUUUUGAGAAAAAGGACAGGAAUUCUGAAACUUAUGUAAGUUGUUUGCCCAGGCAGCUGUCCCGAGUCUCUAUAGUGCUGCUGCUGUUCUAAGGUUGCUGGACUUCAUGGACAGUCUCUUUACUCCUGACUCAGAACUGUUUUGUGGGGAGGAUGAUGUGUUAACCACACAUAUGGUUUCCUUAGCACACAUCCUGAUGGCACAUGUGGUAUGGUUUUUGGACCACAAGCCUCAGUCAUUACCGAAUAGUUGCAGCCAUGUGGAAAACACACCACUUUGGUUAUCUGGAAUGUUGCACAAAGCAGCCAUUCAAAAAUAUAUUAUUUGGGAUUCCUUUAAAUUUCUAGGAUAAAGCUACUCCAUAAUUCAGAGAAAUCUGAACAUGUCUGGGGUAUAAUUGAGAUUCCGUGUGUUGUAGAUUGGCGGGGAGCAAGUUGGCUGUCCUGGGGCUGCAAUUCCCCAUCACCCUGAUGAAGAUCUUAAUUGCCUAUUUCCUCUAGACUUAAAGCUGAGAAGCUACAUAUCUAAAGCAUGCUUCCUUUAAGCAUACAAGACUGCACCAUACUACUGUACAAAGUUCCACAUUGUUUUUGUAUUUGGAUGUUAAUUUGUUUUUCAAAUUUGUAAGCAAAUACCUUGUUGAGCACAACACCAGUCUCCUUCCUUGGUGUUGUGGUCUCUCUCCAGGAAAGCAACAGUGCACAUACACAGCAGCUGCAGCACUCUUCCGUCUUCCUCUAGCUGGCUGGUCAAGUGUGUAAUAAAAGGCAUGUCUGAAUCACUUGCUAUGAAGCUUCUUUUCAUUUUCAGCAGAAUUAGUUCAUAAAGAAUCACCUGCUAUAUAACAAAAUGCUUAAAUAUUCUCAGGCUGGCUCAUAACAGUGAAAUAAUACAUUCAGAACAUAUAUUGCAACAAUAUUUUGCAAAAAGUUCAGUUUUUAUCCCUGUGGGCAGCAAGUGAUUUUUGAAGGUUGCUCAUAGCUGCCUUCACCUGUGGAACAGGGAAUUGUGGUUUGGAAAUAUUUCAAACUUAUCUUUGCUUGGAGGUUAUUUAUGUUUUGCAUUUUCUGGUGUGUCUCAUAAACAUCCUUGUGCUGAAUUUCCAGCAUCCCAGCCGUAUAGCAGUUAGGUCUCAAAUAACAUUAGAUAUUCAGAUUCUAAAGGGGGGGGGUGUGUGCACGUAAGUAUGUUACUCUUGGCAAGUCCCUUUACAAUGCUGACAGAUGGAAUUUAAAUCAUUUCCUCAGCAAUUGGCAAGACAGCCAAUUGUAUAUUCUUAAGUAAGACAGCCCUAAGAAUUGUAUUCACAUAUUCUUGACACUUUGUUAGAGAAGAAAUUGUUUCAGCAUAGGCAGAUGGUUGAGUAAACAACUUUUCAAACUUUGAUUCCUUGGUUCCUUUACAAGCUUGCCUAAAGUCGAACCUCUACUUACCACUGCCUCUUCUUACUGUAUAUGGUUUGUUUCAGGACACUCUUUUAUUUUUUUCCUUUCCUUUUUAAAAUAUCAGUAUUUAAGCUGUUGGCAGCCAGAAGGUAUUUUAGAUUAUGUCAGGCUGAACAGUGAAUGAUGUAAUGCUCCAAAGAUAUCUUACUUGCUGAAGUGUUGAAAGUUAUAACAGCAAGCAAGAUAUGAAAAUUACAGGCUUCUGAUGUCAUGGGAGGCAGCAGGGACCAAUAGGAAGGGAAAACAGUCAUCAUAAUUGGGUUGGAACUGCAUCCUAAACAAAUAACCAGCAGAAAACCACCCUCUUUUCCAGUACAGCCAUUGUUAAGUAAUAAAAUAGACUCAGGCUGCAUGCCCUAUUCAGUAAAUAAGCUAAAGCUUUAGUUCAAAAUCAAUUUUAAUCAGUGAGGGUUAAACUUGAGGACUGAGAGAUAGGGAGAUGAGGAGAAGAGAGAAAUUGUUGUAAUUGUGGAUUGUACAUAUAAUAAUAAUGAAAUUGGCAAAUUUUGGGUUUGUAGCUCACAGUUAUAUGGCUCAGGUAGUUUGAUUGGCUCUGCAAGAGAUGUAUGCUGUUGCUUUAGAACAGCUGCUAAUAUAUUCUCAAUGUUAACUGUUAAUAAAAAUGAUAUACAAUUUAUCACCACUAACAAAUUAGGGAACUCCAUUUUUUCCUUUUUGCUGCUUCUUUGGAACCAUUCGUAGCCUAAACAGUCUCUCUGUGAAUUAUUAUAUUCAUUUCUAUCCUGCCUUUCCUCCAAACUGGUACCCAGGGUGGCUUUUGGAUAAAAAUAUAAAAACACAAGAUAAAUUAUUCCUCCUCCUUUCCCCCUGUUAAGUAGCUGACUGCUGUAUGGAGCAUAGCUCUCUAUCUAGCAAACACAGGUUUCAUUUACUAAAUGGGUUCAAUAGGGAAUACAGGGUUAAUGCACAAGCUGAGCUUAGACAUAAUAGUCUCACAUAGCAGGUUGUGUUAGCUUUCAUCUUUCAAGGCCAAAACUGCUACUGUGCAUGAUUUGCAAUGUUUUCUAUUGCAAAAUGCAUGAACUACUGUGAACAAAGGAGUCUUUGGGGAGAGAGGACAGUUGUGCAAGAAACACCCAUCACACAUAAAAUAGAAAGUUGAUACUGUGUUGGGUAGAAUUUGGAAAGGUUAGUGAGGGAAGCAUUUUAGAAUUUAAUGCUUCUGCUUUGUUCAGGAUUUGAGGAUUAUUCUUUUCUUGCUGUUCCAAACUUUCUUAAGGGAAUAGAAAGGUCAUGCUUUGAAGUGGAAUAUAUUGUGUCAUGCAAAGUUACUGAACUCCUUUGCUGUUUUCUUGAGCUCACAGUCCCUUCUCUGUUUCAGCUGGAGGCUGAAGCUGUCUUCCGCGCGAUCACCAUUGCCAGCCAGACCAACUGCCCCUUAUAUGUGACCAAAGUGAUGAGCAAGAGUGCUGCUGACCUGAUUUCACAGGCCAGAAAAAAAGGUGAGCAGCUGCAUCUUUGUUACCUACCCAUGUUACCUUACUUACAAGGUUUGCUAGAAUGGCUGUAGCCUCAGAAUGACUUUAAAAAAGGAAACCAGUAUAAAAACAACUAGAAUAAGGGUAAUCAUCUUGUGGACUACAACUCCCAGCAGCCCCAGCCAAAACGGGAGGGCCACAUAUUAAGCACUCUUGAACCAGAAAAACAAAAACCAAUAGCACAGAAGCAGCCAAUUAAAAGAAUACAAAAACAUAACUGAAAUAGACCAAGGGCCACAAAUCUUCCCCUAAAGAAGGUUUUCAUGAUCCUCCUGAAAAGCAGUAAGCAUGGUGGGAAGUGAAUUCACUUGGAAGAGGAUCCUACCAUCAAGGAGGCCUGCUUAUUUUAGCCUGCUUACAUCAGAUGAGACUCUUUAUCAGCUAUUCCUUUAACACUGUCCUUCAAAGGGGUCAGUGCUUUGUUCCGUUCUUCAGAUAAUUCCUUUUUAAAUUUAUCCAAGAUUCCCUUUGCCAGCUCAAUGUCUUCCUUACAUAGUCUGUGUUUUUUGGCACCAUUGUGGGUCCGUCUUCAAUGUCAUCAGAACCCAUCUAUUGAGUCAGUUUAUGAUGUUAAAAUGAAUCUUCAGAGUCCGUUCUUUCACUCAUUGUGAUAUAUCCUUCUCAGGGUCAAUGUUAAAUCUAAAUAGUUUCAGGAUUUGGGGUACAUUUAAUCUGUUAUUUCAUCUGGUUAAGGAGGAGAGAGCUGCUCAGCCUGCCAUCUUUAUCAGUGAUGUCACUUCUCCCCUUGGACUAGUUGACAGGAUAUUUGAACCUUGAUUUCCCAAGUCCUAGUCUGACACUCCUUUAAUGAACCCUGGGUUUAGAGCUUUAAAGGCAGUCUGAUUUGUCCUUGUAAGACCGGAAGUCGAUGUAGUUCUUUAAGCAUAGGGGAUAUAUGUGCUCUGCAGCAGAUUCUAGUUAUGGCUGCCAUAUUCUAGAGCUAGACUAACUGAGGAUGGCACUAACUUUUAUAAAUGUGUACUUCUGCCAACAGAAGCAGCUGCAGGCCUAGCUCCCCCUCUCCCCUUCUGUAAAAUGUAUUGUCCUUGCCCUAAAUCUCUGUUGUUAUUUUCACCAUCAGGUAAUGUAGUGUUUGGCGAGCCAAUUGCAGCCAGUCUUGGAACAGAUGGAACACACUAUUGGAGCAAAAACUGGGCAAAAGCUGCUGCAUUUGUGACCUCCCCUCCUCUGAGUCCAGAUCCAACAACCCCUGAUUACAUCAACUCCUUACUGGCCAGGUUGGUUAUAGCGAGAAAGGGAAAUACUCUCUCUUGCAACCAGUCCUAUGGAAACUGAGUAAUAAGAUGAUGCUUGGAGCUAACAUAAACAGGAAAGUAAUGAACUGCACCCACUCAACUGGGGACUUUCCAGAUUCUAUUUAUAUUGCCUUGUUCAUUUGGAGGAUUCUGAGGUGUUGCUAUUGCAAGUGCGCAUUUGCAUCUGGAAUAGCUCAUAAGACAGCUUCAAACUGAGGACAGCGGUGAUGCUGAAAAAGAAGGGAUAUUUACUAAAAAAGAAUAGACCUAUAGAAAAACAAAAGAAGUGGGUCAUUUAGCACUGGGGGGUAGUUAGCUGAACUGCAUGUUGGCACAGACCUGGAUUAGUGAGCAUCCAGAAACUAGAAAUAAGGUUUUAUAUUUGGAAACAGUGAGGUAUAUUUCAGAUUUUAAGUUUGGAAAUAGUGAGGUACAUCUCACAUUUCAAAUUGUAUGCGUUGACUGGCAACUUGAAGAGAAGACAGAAUAAACUAGGUGUGAGUUGUAUUAAAACUGACCAACAUGGAAAAAAUAUUUCAUAACACAUAUGAAGUGGCCAAGUCCUGGAAAAAAGGAACCAUGCCUGCUUUUCUUAAACUCCCUGCUCAAUAUUCUUUUGGAUAUAGUCUUUAGGAGAAUCGCCUGCCUGUUAGUUAGCUAGUUUUUAGCAGAACAAAUCUGACUGACACAAAUCUCUCUGUGUAGUAAAGCAGACAUAUGGCACCAAAUUAUUAAGAGGAGAUGGAGAUUAUCAUUGGAUUAGGACUUGUGUUCUGAAGCCCAGACUGAGGCCAUGAGGCUCAGAGACUCUUUGAAUCAGAAAAUCAGACACAGGGUCCAUCUGGAAGGCAAACAAUCUCUAUAGUUUCCUUUUUUAGUGUUUAGACAAGGCUUUAAGCCCCCCCUUUUUUUUCUUAAUUACCGUGCAUCCUUUCAGCUAAGUCCCCGGCAGCUAGCAGACGCCAGGAAGCAGGAAGUUUCCAUGGAACUCUUUGCAUAGUCUUUGGUAUGAUUGUUAGGCCAUGACCAUUGUUUGUUGCUGCCCUCUAGAGCCACAAGCAGAUAAAUACAAUGGACGAAAGCAAAUGACUUAGUGUCUUUAGACACCACAUGAACUUUGAAACAAAUUUAAGUUAAUAGGUUAUGCUAAAAGCUUGUUUCAUACAGUGGUUGAAAUACUUUGGAUUAUGUGGGUCAAGGUUUUGUUACAUUGCAAGAAAGGGUAGAAUAGAAGCAAUGUAGCAAUUCUGUCAUAGACGAAAUCUGGAUGCCUUUCCAAUAAAAGAUUCUAGUUGUGGCUAAAGUAAUAAAGUCUUUACCUUUACCAAGAAGUAGACAAACCAAGAAGCAGAUGCUUUAGGCAGCCAACCAAUUUUAUUUCUCUCUCCUUCACAUAACAUUUUGACAGUCUGUCGUUGAAGAUUUCACUGCUAGUGGGCAAUCUCUUGUGACUCCAGUAUCUAAUUUUCACACUGAGAGCUGGUUCUAAUCAUAUGCUGUUCUAAAAAAAUUCCUGCUCACAUACAUUGUACACCCCUGAGCAUUAUAAUGUGGAACCUGUGAACUCCUACAAGAUCAUGGCUCUCCUUCCAUGAAAAUGAAAAGCACUUUCUGGUUUCACAGGAACUGUGGAUUCAUCUUAACACUGUUCAUGUGAAUAGACUUGCAUCAGCAGACGUUCUUUGCACAGUGUUGGCACUGAUCUGUUGUCUGACUCAGUUGUCUGCAAUCAAAUCAAUCUGGUGCUAGCUGCAAUAAUUUUCUUGCUUCAUUUUUCAAGAGCAAAUAAAUCUUCAGCUGAAAAAGGUUCUUGAAUAGGUUUAGGUUUACAAUGAUCAAUAAACAGGACUGUCUCUGUCCUAGGCUUACAAUCUAAAAGGCAUGACACAAAAGGAAAACAGAUGUGGGAGGAGGAGGGAAAAAGCAAUAUUGGGCAUUGCUACUUAGUCACAAGGUUCUUUUAUACAUUACUUUUCUAGUUCACAUUUAUGCUAAUUACAGUUCUGUGCCUUCAUUUUUGUUGCUGUUGUUGUUACAGAGAGUGGAAACUUUCAGUAAACUACUUGGAGAUAAAAGCAUUCUUGUAUGACUGGACUAAGGGCAUGGUGGACUAAGGGCAUGGCUAACCAAUACAUUUUGUUGCUUGUCUCUGAGCUAGUGGUGACCUCCAAGUCUCAGGAAGUGCACACUGUACAUUCAGUACAGCGCAGAAAGCAAUUGGAAAAGACAACUUCACAGCAAUCCCAGAGGGGACCAAUGGUAUUGAGGAACGGAUGUCUGUUAUUUGGGACAAAGCAGUGGUAAGAGAAGAGGAUGGGGAGGUGGGGAUUGAUAUUACUUGUAUUAUUUAUUCAGUGUAUUAGUUGCUUGCCUCACAGAAGUCUUGAAGUGACAUAAAAAUUUAGGAGCAUAACGUAAAAUCAUAAUAAAGAACUAUACAUUACCAUCAGAGCCGUACAGUAACUUAUAAAACAGAACCAAUAAAACAGCAGCAGAAAAAUACCAUAGACAGCUAUGUCAUAAUCCAUCAAAUAUAUUGGCACCAUGUGGACCUUAGUGUGAAAACAUUCCAAAGCAGGUAGCCACAAAUGAAAAGGCCCUGUCCCUCAUCACCACCCUUCAAAUCUCCUUCAGAGGGGGGACCUGGAGGAAGGCCUCAGAUGACAGAUCAAAGGGUCUCUGUUUAAAACAGCUGCAUGGUUGUCAGCUUGUUUCUGAGCCCAAUUCAGGGUGCUCACAUUAAUGUUUAAAGCCUUAUAUGACAUAUGCCCCAAUUAUCUGAGAUUGCCUCUUUACUUACAGACCCUCUGGGUAUUAAGAUUGGCAGAGAGGACCCUCUUGGUAGUUCCACUACCUAGUGGUGGCCCAGGAGAGGGCAUUCUCUGUGGCAGCUCCUAGGCUGUGAAAUUCCUUCCCCACAAAGGUGCAUCUGACACCUUCAUUAUAUGGUUUCCAGUGUACUCUGACGAUGCCGCUCUUUAUCCUGGCAUUUGAUCUCUGAGAUUUGUAUUUUUGGGACCUGCUUUAUUCCUGUGACUGUAACUUGUUUUACUUGCCUUAUCUGUCUUUUAUGAUUCAUACUCAACAGGCUACGGGGAAAAUGGAUGAGAAUCAGUUUGUGGCUGUAACAAGCACCAAUGCUGCCAAGAUCUUCAACAUGUACCCAAGAAAGGGCAGAAUUGCUGUUGGAUCAGACAGUGACCUUGUCAUAUGGGAUCCCGAUGCAGUGAAAAUUGUAUCUGCUAAAAGCCACCAAUCAGUAAGUCUUUUGCUGGUCAGUAAGUCUUUUAACUUCACAAAUUGACAUGGUCAGUUUGUGAAGUUAAGCACAGGAAUAUAGGAACCUGAGCCCUGGACAGCUUUGUCUUCUCUUCAUUCUGGAUUGCUCUUUUCUGCUUCAGUCUGCUUUAGCCCACCCACAUCCUCAUAGAAAUGAAGUAGCAAACAAAAAUGAAAUGUAUUUCCUUAUUUUUUAAAAAUAUGUUUAGGCUAUAGGGCCAAAGCAUUCAUCUCUUAAGGGCAAAAAGUUUUGGUCCUCAAUGCUUGUGUGUUUUCAGACCUUAGGAGGAAUUCAGUGCAGUGCUAAUAUCAUUUACUUAGCACAAGCAUUUCAGCUUGCCAGACAGAAUGAUCCCCGACCUGCUGUUCUUGGGUUUCAUAGAGUGUAUCUUUCUUUUCUUUCUUUUCUUUCUUUUUUAAAAUUUAUAUACUUCCCUAUACCCAUACGGCUCAGGGUGGUUCACGGGAUAAAAUCAGAAUACGAAACCGCAAAAUACAUAAUCACAUCAACAAGAACUCAAUCUCUCUCUCUCUCUCUCUCUCUCUCUCUCUCUCUCACACACACACACACACACACACACACAUUUUAAAAGGAAAUAGGGUGUCAGUCAACCCAGCUAAAAACAGUUAAAAUAAUUUUAAAAGAUAUAUUUUUUUAAAAAAAACAAUUUAAAAGCAAUUUAAAAUAAGAAGCAGUACUCUGCUGGGCAGCAGCCAGGUGGCUAGAGGCAGGGGUAGGCCCGCAGGGUAGAGGGUAUCUGUAGACUUGGCACUGGUUUAGGUGGGCUGGUGGCUUGAUGCAUAAUGAGUCUGACUCCAGUGUGUUGUAGGCAGCGGAAUACAACAUCUUUGAAGGAAUGGAGCUACGUGGAGCCCCCUUGGUUGUCAUAUGCCAGGGGAAGAUAAUGAUGGAAGAUGGCAACCUUCAUGUGACACAGGGGACAGGACGCUUCAUUCCUGGCACCCCUUUCUCAGACUAUGUCUACAAGCGCAUCAAAGCAAGGAGGAAGGUAAGAUAGAGAAGCCCAAUAUGUAAGGUUUUAAUGAUGGUGUCUCUUCAUACUGCUUUAUGGCAAAGGAACUGUGCACCACAGCUCUUUCCCAUGCUGUGAAGAUACUACCAGAAGCCCUGAGUCACAUGGGAGUAGCCAGCAUUGUCCUAGUUUCUAGAAGGUAUCAUGCUUAUGUUGGGUACAGCUGUCAUGCAGUCUCCUCUCUUACAGCCAUGAACUUCAGACAUUAUCUUUGUCAUAGAAGCAGCCAUAGAGUAGUAGCUUCUACAAUUGAGAAGGGACCCUUUCUGUGUAUCACUAAUGAGAAAUGCAUGGCUACAGUUUCUUCCUCAGAGAGCUUCUCCUUAUUUCCUUAUCCAGGUUGCCUUGCUUGGUAGCAUGUUUUCACUGUGUUUACGAGACCAAAAUCUGUAGUAAACCAUCAUAUCACUCCCACCCUUCUGCUAAUUGUGGAUGGGUGAGACGAUGAUGGAGAAGUCUGUGAAGGCCUCUGCACUGACAGUUGAGCAGACAGUUGAGGGAAGCCAGGCCUAAUACAGGGGUUUUCAACCUUUAUUGGUCCACGGCUCCCUUGACCAAAUACAUUCUUUGUGCGGCAUCCCUGUGGGGCUCAGAAGCCCAGUUAUGUCACCCCUUGUCUGCAGAGCUGGCAGCCUCUCAUCCUUUUUUGAACACCCUUCCUUGUGGAAUGUUCUCUCAGUCUCUUCUCCUCUCCCCUCACCUUGGGAGUCCUCUGGGCAGCCGCUGCUGCCGCCCCUGGUUUCUGAGCUGCACCUCCUGCCCCAAAGAGAGGUGGCUUCUCACAUUGCCCCACAGGGACCUGGGAAGCACCCCGUGACCAGCCCAAGAGGCACCGUUCGCCUGGGGAGCUUGUAGCCAGAGCUGCUGCAACAAACAACUAUGCAAGCUUUUGAGAGGCAGUGACACAAGAGGGCAUCAGAGGAGGGAGGGAAGGAAGGAAAGAGGGACAGAGGCCAGUGUUGCACCCCUGACCAUCAUUCAAGGCACCCCAGGGUGCCAUGGCACACUGGUUGAAAACCACUGGCCUAAUACAUUUCUUUUUUCUCUUACCUGUGACAGAUGGCUGAGAUGCAUGCUGUGCCAAGGGGCAUGUAUGAUGGGCCUGUGUUUGACUUGACCACCACACCUAAAGGGGGCACUCCUGCAGGCUCUACUCGGGGAUCACCUACCAGGCAGACACCCCCAGUAAGGAAUCUCCACCAGUCUGGAUUUAGCUUAUCGGGUAAGCUAUCGGGUAAGCUAUCUGUUAAGCUGAUUGGGUGAGAAGAUGGUACAUUGAUUGCAACACCUCUAGGCAGAAGGCAAGGGAAAAGGUGCCACUGGUAAUUAGUACAGCUUCUCUAGCUGCAAUAAAAUCAAAUUCACCCAGCUGGCAGGUUUGAGAUUUGUUUCAUUCUAUUAGGCGGAGAAGGGAAGGGGACGUCUUUUCAUUCCAUAUGCUUAUUGUAACUUUUGUCAGCAUUUAUGUGUUAAGACCACUAGUGGAUUUCACACACUAGAUUUGUAGCCACCUAUUCGGAUUAUCAGGGAUCUCAAAUAGUAGGAAAGUUAAGCCACACCAGGUGCCACUCUUUGCUGUGGAAUGGUUGACUGUCACCUACUUUUUAUAUGAUUUACCGCCACUUCUCCCUUUAUGGUGAGCAUAGAUAUUUCCAGAGUUAGCUAGCUAGCGGUACCUGUGCCAAAACAAUUGCGUUCUAAGAUUUUAUGGUUGACAAGAAAAUCAUAACAGGUCUUUCGCUGUAUUACUUUUUCUUAGCCCUGUGAAGAAAAGCACCUAACUUCCUUUCCCUGCUUUUCCCCCUCUUUCAUCUUGUGUAUGCCCUGCAGGUACCCAAAUUGAUGAAGGUGUUCGCGCAGCAAGCAAGCGCAUUGUAGCACCUCCAGGAGGCCGCUCCAAUAUAACAUCUCUGAGUUAAGCACCCAGUACUCAGGGAGGGGAGAAGGGGGGGAAGGGAAGGGGGAAACUGUUAUUUGAGAAAACUAAGCAAUGGUACCUUGAUAUUUAAGAAGGAAAGAGCAACCUGAAGAAGCGUUCAGAUUUUGAAGAAUCAAUAAGCCUCAAGCCUUAUGUUUCAUAAAUGCUACUCGCUACCUAGCUUUAAAAAAUAUUGCGGGUUUUCUUUUCUGUUUAUUCAUAGCCUUAAUAUCCCCCCAUUUUUUUUUACAUGCAUGCAAAUCUGACAGGUGACUAAGUUAAGAGUAUGUAAUUGUACAUGGUGAGUGCUUGUGUGAUAACACAUUGUAAGAAGGGGAUUGGAUUAAAGAUGGGAAACUAAUGACAUGAGCUGUUUAUUUAGCCAGUUUACUUGGGCAGAAUCAACCAAGGAGUUUUAGUGUUGGGGAAGGGUGGGGGCAGAAGGUGGUGGGGCAGGGUAGUGGGAGGUGGACGGGGGGCAGACCAAGUAGAUCUGUGUAUUGUGUCCAUGUUCUUCUGUUUCCACUAAAUUCAGACAAGACAUAGUUGCCUCAGAGCACUACAUGGGGCCAUUGGAAAAUUCAGCCAUCUUUGUAAUGGCUCUGUUGUAUCACCUUCCUGUUAGAGAUUUUAUUACUUUGUACAUUUUAUUGAAUAAAAAAUGGAAAGGCAUGGUUUUUUCCCCCCUCCUUGGCUUGUCGAGGCAAAGUAACAGUUUCUUCCUCCCUCACAAUUAAUUUCAAGUUCUUGGGGUGGGGGUAGGGGAAAGGAUAUCACCCCCUAUGCUCAGUUUGUACAGGACUGAACUUCUUGCCAAAUCCUCUUUCUUUCAUAUCGC